AAGCGGAUUGUUGCUGAGGACGCAUUCAGCUGUCAGAGAUAACGCCGCUCAGCCUGCACUUACCUGGAGUUUCGCUAACAUGGACUUAACCGAGGAUAGCGCUGUGGAAAUGAUCCUUUGCUGACCCACUUCUUCACACGUUUCUUUCCCUAUCUAGCUCUGAAGCCUUCUUUCUUUUCUGCCAGGUAAAACCCAUGUCUAUGUGUAGUUUUUUUCUCAGUGGGGGCAUUGUUCAUUUUGCCACUGAGCUGUGAGCAUCCCUGUCAAGGAAGUAGCCCACGCGCUCAUUUGUUGCUGUUGUUUUUGCUACAGCUCGCGCGAUGAGGCGACGUGAAGAUAAGAUGUAGCUAGCAGAGAAGUUUGUGUUCUCUCUUUGAAUCCUGUGGUACCGGGAGACGGUGAAAUUGCUUGAUAUUAUUUCACAAUGGUGUACUCCUAACUAUACGAUGCAUGUGUCCUUGCAUAAAGGAGAGGUCUGAGGAAAAACAAACCAAAAUCCAACAGAAUAGUCAAACACAUCAAGACUCACUUGAGCAAAUGUCCUUUUUGCGUGGCCCUUAAACUCUGUGAAAGGAGUGUUAACCCUAAUUUAAAAUGUCCACAAUGAUGAAAAACAUGAACCACACAUUAACUUGAUUUGUCAGUGUUUAGCACAAAUGCUCAAACUAGCUUUAAAGAGCUGUCGAGUCAAACCCUCAUUUUAGGAUUUAUAACCAUACUUAACCAAUACUAAAACUAAACCCUGUAACUUUAUCAAAGAGCUAAAGAGCACAGUUAUUAUUUAUUACUUUAAGAGUAUUUAUUCACAAUUGUUACUCACAGUAUUACAGUAAGUGAUGCUGUCAGGAUGGACCAAAGAAGUUAAGAUGCUCUGGACCAAAACUAACCUAAACACUUCCUCCACAACUGGAACAGCAUUUGACAAUAGUUGUGUGCAGGACAGGCAGACUUUAUUAGCCUAUUAUCUUUAUUUUUACAUAAUAAAUGACUGAUUUGACUAGACUCGGUUGUGUUUUCUUACAUUUUGAAUUAUUGAUUGAAUUAUUUGAUUUGUUGUCAUUCAUUUUCAGCUGUUGUCAACCCUGAGGAACCAUGUCGGACAAGAUGUCCAGUUUCCUCCAUAUUGGGGACAUUUGUUCCCUCUAUGCAGAGGGUUCCACCAGUGGAUUUAUCAGCACUUUAGGGUAAGUCUGACUUCUUAAAAAAUGUGUGUUUCAUGAUCUUUUGCUGUCUGAACAUCCCAUUAUCUCAUGGUGCAGGAUCACAGGAUGGAUGUACAGUAUUAUCCAAGUGAGUCCAAAAAAACACAGCUGUGAAAUAGUGAAGACAACAGAAUAAAAAUAGAGCUCUAUGAAAAGGAUCUUUAUGAUCACUGUGUUAAAGCCAAGUAAUGGUGUGAUAAAUGUAAGGAUGGAUAUAAUGAUUGGUAGAAACAGUGUAAACACACGUCAUCUGUCAAUUCAGAUUUUUUUAAUAACACAGUUUGGUCAAAGUGAUAAUAAGUGAUUUGUUUUCAUUAAAAUGGAAAUAUAAUUACUAAAAAUAUAUAUUAUUGGUCAUGCUGUGAUCAAACUAAUGGUUUAAAAAGAGGGAAAUGCAGGAAUGCAGAAUACCUCUCUGUUAACACACUGAGAACCUCUUUACUGAAGUUUUCUGCCUUUACUGUAGAAUGUGUUUGCUCUGCACUAUCAUAAAUCAUAUUUAACACAGCAGCAAAUAUAUUCUGCAUAUUGUAUCAAUAACAUCAGUGAAAAAUUCAGCUUACUAAGUCACACUGUAUACAGGAUGUUGGAAAUGCUUUUAAAAAAAGAGGCAGUUUAUUUAAAAAAGUGAUGCACUGCAGUUGUCAUUGAUAACCUUUUAUUUAUUCCCCUGUUAUUUGACAUUAUUUUAAGCCCUCUGCAUUAGUAUUUAGGAACGUAUUCUUUAACUGUAGUCUGAAUACUAUGUUUUCAAACGGUAGCCUCAAAUUACCUUGUCUCUCCCUGCUAAUUGCUUGGCACCAUUUAUUUAAGUACUUGAUGUCUUCCCUCCCCCUUAAUAAUUGGCUUCAAGUUCAGAGUGCAAAUCACUCUGCUCAAUUUAACCAAGUCUCCACACACAAGUGAUAGUCGCAGAGAAACAAGGUUAAAAAAAGAUGUAAUGGGAGAGAGGCUGAUCAUUGGCAUUAAUGCCCCUGUCCAGCUGACAGUAAAUCUGGUAUUUUAGGCUAAAUUUUUAAAGGAACAAUGCACACAGCAUCUGUUUUGUUCCAUCCUUUUGAAGUGAAAACACAAAGUGCUGCUAUCCUAUCCUCUCUUGCUAUACCACCUUUACUGUACUUGCUACUCACUACGGGCCAUACCAAGCCCUCCUUUCCAGCUCUCAGAAACAUUGCUCUUUCACAGUUUAGUGUUAUGCGUCAUCUGCCAUAGCAACAAAUGUGUGCAAAGCUUUAAAGACAGCAACCAUGACAGAGCUCGUUUGUCAAAUUUCCCAUCUCCUACAGUCAUGCCUAGUAAUAAGCCACUCUCUCUCUCUCUCUCUCUCUCACACACACACAAACACACACACACACGUACCCCUAUCUUGUUGCUAUAAAUAGCACGUUUGUAAGAGGUGUUGCUUUUGCUGCCAGCGUUCUGAAUGUGACCCCUGAGGUACAGCUGCAUCCACCUUGAGCAUUACUGGACAAACAUCUUUCUGCGUCUGACUGGGAUGUAGCUUAUAGCAUUAGCCUAUGGUGUGGGUUUAAGGUUUCAUUUUGACUGAUGAUACAGAUUACUCUUUAAACUGCUGUUGUUUUGUAACCUUCAGUGCAUCUGUACGAUCAAAACAAUUGGUAUUUGAUGCUACGAAGAGAGAAUUCUCACAGCGUGUUCUCUCUUCCUUCAUCAUCACAGCGGUCCUUUGUUGCAGUGUACACUGCAAGAGCUAUAAAAAGAUGUGACUGACUUGAACAGCUAGAGCAUCCUGCUAAAGUGCUGUAUUUGUGCUACUACAAAAAUAUUCCCAAGGGCUUCCCUCUGCAUUUUCCUGUAUGUUGGUGCCAUCAAGUUCAAAAAGUGUUUUCAGACAGAGUUUAGUUAUUGUUCGGAGAACUGAAACACUGACUGUGUUACUACUGAAUGGUAAGAGGAGGAGGUAACAGUGUUUGGAGCUGGGUAAUGCUUGAAAUGAUUGGAUUCCAAUUCACAAGGCCCAUAUUUGAUUUGUUUCUGACUGGAUUUGAGUUAACUUUGAUUCAUUUAGAGAUGUUUCAGUUAUAGGAACAAUUUUCUCCAUGAAGGAGGUUCUCAGUGAACUAAUGCAGUUAAAUUCACACAUAAGUGUUUAAGGUUCACAUGUACCAUUGACCUAGUUGCAUAGAUGGACUUUUUGAUUUCAUAUGAUGACCAACAUUAGUCUGAUUUUUCAAAUUGUAGAGAAGGCUGAGAGAGGCUGCUGUUGACUGUAUGUAAUGCCCUCUGUCAAACACACAAAACCUUAUAUAUACAUAUGCUGGAAUGUGUUGUUCACUAGACAUUUAUGUUGUUUCACUCUGUUUACUCAAGAAACCCUACUGUGUUGUAGAAAGGAUGAACACUGACUUGCAGCAUAUCUCUGAUGUGGAUUUUUACAGCCCGUCCUAACCUUGACCUCUCAUCAGUUCUUUUAGGUUCUGGUGCAAACGAUGAACUAGACAUUUAAGACUGUUGUUCAAUUCACUGCUUUGUAGCUGUGACACUCUGCUUUACAUUUGCAUACAGUUAUGGGAUGGCCAUUUCAAUCAAAUAUUUACAUGUUGGUGACACGCCGUAUGGUUCAACUAUAUUGGUGAGGUUUUAGAAGACGGCAUUUUCAAUAACGUUGUGUAGACAUAAAACCUUGUAUAUGAAAGUUGCAACAGACUUUUUUAUUUUUAGGGGAUGUGGAGAGUUCUUGUUCUUGUAGAUCAUAUAUCUGGUUGAUGCUGGUCCAGUGAUUUUGUAGACUCAAAGUACUGCUGCCAUAUUUUCCCUCCGUAUUGCACAUCUUCCAAAUGGCCUUGCUUUUGUCCAGCUCUUUUGUGUCUUUAAUGGGUGUGCUCCAAGGUCAGUUGGCCUCUUCAUUGGAGCAGCUCUCCUUGCUGGCAUGUGUAUGAUGAAAUACUGGCCUCUUUUGACCAGAUCUCCAUGCCCAAAGGCUGGCCUCUCAAAAUGAGGGCCCACCCUGGAAAAGAAGAGAUCCGUCACUGGACCUCAUGAAGCGAGACCUCGUCAAACUACUACAUUUGAAUUGAAAAAUCGAUUUUUUUUCACUCAGCAACUCAACAAUGUUCACUGCAAUCUUAAAGACAAUCCUGGUAGCACUUUACAUGAGCCAGCCUCUUAUUUGUAAGGCGUUAUAACAACCCGUAGGAGUGAUAAGAAUUUAUAACAGCUAGGGCUGGGCGAUAAAACUAUAACGAUAUGUAUCAAAAAUGUAUUUCCCUCAAUAUCCAUAUAAAACAUAAUCAAUAUGCUUUUCGAUAGUUGGCGUUCUGCCAUGUUUUGGUAGACUAUACGAAUAGCCAGUGAAAAGGGGAGUUGCUCAGGGUCUGCAUCGCGCUGAACCAAUCAUGUGCUGAAGUAGAACCAAGUAGCAAACAACUGCGUAGUAGCAGGCAGCAGCUACACACAACCAUAGCACUUUAACACGUGAAACCGACAGCACUGUUGGUAAGAAAAAAGAAAAUGAGAGCUACCCUCGGCAGAAAUGCAGAUGAAGGCUCAACAGAUGAUGACAUCGUUGACAACAUUGGCACAAAAAUGUUGGUGGUGGGGAGGUAUUUGGGAUUUUUUAGGUCGGACAUGAAGCAGAGUAAUGUGCGCUGCAAAUUAUGUUGAGAACAUGUUCUCACAAAGUCGGGGAAUACCUAAAAAAUUUUUUCACCACUUGAAGCAGUGCCACGUGGCAGAGCACAUGCAGUGCAAAAGGUUCCAAACCCCGAGCGGAGCAAGGAGCCCAUGGUGCCUGUGCAGCCAAAACAGCCGACCAUUCAGUCCGCUUUCUCUAGCGCAACAUCUUAUGACAAAACGAAGUGACGUCACAAAUGCAGUAGCUUAUUGUAUUGCAAAAGACAUGCUACCAAUAAGCACUGAUAAAUUUAAUUCAAGAGUAACAGGGAACAUUUAAGAUUGACAAUUGAUUUAUAUCAUGAUAUAUAUCGAUAUCAACUGAUAUGAAAAAAAUAUAUAGUGAUAAACUUUUUCCCAUAUCGCCCGGCCCUAAUAACAACUUAUAAAACUGUUUAUAGGGUGUUAUAAACAGUGAACAAAAUGCCUGUAACAUAUAAAGGUUUGGUCUAUAAUGCCUCAUACAAAAAAAAAAGCACCUUUUGGAUCCUAAGCCAAGCCAAUUUUAUUCUUGAAACACUAUUUUUAAUAACAUUGUGUAUUUCAAACAUUUAGAUGCAUUGAAUAGUAUUUAACAAUAGUUGUACUCUGUUGAAAGAGAGGAAGAUGACAUUGCAACAACACUAAAUCAGCAUUGCACUGUCAGGGCCAGCAUCAAAGAGCAUUUAUUCAACAUUGCUUAUGCACCGCGGUCUGAGGCAGAGUAGCCAUUCUUGCACUGCGCAGCUCAUGCUCCUGUUUGAUGAGUCAGAGCGUUAAAAGGGAAACACUGACACUAAAAAUAUAGUCGUAGUUAUAGUCAGAGUUAUAGUUAUUGGAAUGAACCAUACUGUUUGAUGGCCUCAGGAGGAGGUUUUGGUCUCAUCAUAAGCGUACAUUAACAUGUCUUUAAAAGCUAACUCCCACCUUGCUUUGUUUUCAGCUCUGUCAUGGGUUAUUCUGUGUCUUAUGCUACAUAUAGCUUGUGUGUGCCUGUUUUUAAACUAUGACUGUGAAAAAUACAUGCUUACCUUCUCUAGACAGAUGUGUACAGUGCAGUAUUCAACACAGGAUGGACCCCCAAUGUCAACAUCUCCUGCUUGACCAUUAAUCAUUGUCAGGGUUGUGAUGUUAAAUCACAUCAGGAGACUCAAGGAUCAAUACAGGUUAAACACCACUGCAAUCAGUGUUACUUUAUUUAUGGUUUUUGUAAUAUUGACACAAUAUUGAUUUUUCAGUGAAAUUUCAACGUGAAGGUUCUGAUAAUACUGUCCAAUACUGUCAUGCUAUCUGGGUUUGAAUAACUUCUUUUGGCAAAACAGAAGAUGUUUUAACUUCACAUUGUGUUAUUUGUUUAAAAAUCAUAUACUGUAUCUUUAAGCUCUACCCAGCAUGUUAGUGCUCACCUUGAAAACCACAUUUUAUUAUCAUCACUUUAUUAGGUUCACCUUGCUGGGUUGGACCCCCUAGUGCUAUCAGAAGUGCCUUUAUUCUUGGUGGCAGACAUGGUGUUUGAAGAAUUCCUCAGAGAUUUUUGUCUAGAUUUUUACAUGAGAGCAUCACACAGGUGUUGCAGAUUUGUUGGCUACACAUCCAUGAUGUGAAUAUCCCGUUCCACCAUAUCCCAAAGGUGCUCCAUUGAGCUGAGAUCUGGUGACUGUGGAGCCCAGUGGAGUUCAGUGAAUACACUGUCAUGUUCAAGAAACCAGUUUGAGAUGAUUUGAGCUUUGUGACAUGAGGAUUAUCCUACUGGAAUUGUCCAUAUGAAGAUUUUACACUGUGGUAAUAAAAGGAUGGACAUGGUUAGUAAAACAACACCCAGAAUGGCUGGGGUGUUUAAACGGUGCUCAGUUGGUACUAAGGGGCCCAAAGUGUGCCAAGAUAAUACCCCCCCCCACACCAAAAGACCACCAGCAGCAGCCUGAACCGUUGAUACAAGGCAGGAUGGAUCCAUGAUUUCAUGUUUUUUAAUCCAAAUUCUGACCUACGAUCUUAAUGUCACAGCUGAAAUCCAGACUCAUCAGAGCAGGAAACAUUUUUCUAAUCUUCUAUUGUCCAGUUUUGUAAGCUUGUGCAGGUUGUAGCCUCAGUUUUCUGUUCUAAGCUGACAAGAGGGUCACCCAGUGUAGUCUUCUUCUGCUGCUGUAGUUCAUCUGCUUUAAGGUUCGUGAUGUUGUACGUUCAGAGAUGGUGUUCUACAUACCUUGGUGAUUAUUGGACUUCCUGUUGUCUUUCUAUCAUCUCGAACCAGUCUGCCUAUUCUCCUCUGACCUCUGACAUCAAUGAGGCAUUUUCAUCCACACAGCUGCUGCAUACUGGUCAUUUUCUCUGUUUCAGACCAUCCUCUAUAAAUCCUCAAGGUGCUCGGGCGUGACAAUCCCAGCAGAUCAGCAGUUUCUGAAAUUCUUAGAUCAGCCCGUCUGGCACUAACAACCACACCGCAUUUAAAGUCACUUAAUCCACACAUCCCCAUUCUGAUGCUCGGUUUAAACUUAAGCAAACCAUCCUGACCGCAUCUACAUGACAAAAUGCAUGAUAUUGCUGCCAUCACUCAUUAUUUAUUUGUGUUAACCAGUGAUUGAACUGUGUACCUAAUAAAGUGGCUGGUGUUUGUUAACAACCAAGCAAAAUGGCUGAACUUCGCUUUUCAGAGCAUUUUCGUAACAUGAAUUGCUUAUAGGCUGCAAGGACAGAAAUAUGUUGGAUUGGAAUUUUAUACCUCAAUUUGGAGUAAAUAAGUCCCUCAUACAACAUGUCAGUUUAUCGAUUAAUCAUCUUGAUUGAUUAAUCAUCCGAUUAGUGGCAUUUUUAAAUAGUAGGCCAUGGCUGAUGCCUGCACCCACAAGGUUAAAAAGAUAAAGAAAUAAUGUCUGCAGAACUUGUCAAGAUUCCUACUCAUACUGCUGGUAAUAUGGCUGGAAUGACAGACAUCAUAAUCAUUAAAAAGUGGUGUUUUCUCUAAUGUUUCUUGGCAUCAGCCAUCAGAUGAUGCGCUCCUAAAUAUUGGCAUCAGCCUCAGAAAAAUGGUACCUGCUGACUACAAGCCAAUGUGCUAUUUAAUAGGGGUGGGAAUCACCAGUUGCCCCACGAUACGAUAUCGCCACAAAACGAUAUUAUUGUGAUUUUUAACAUUUUGCAAUACAAUGAGUAUUGUGAUACAAUAUAUUGCGAUUUAUACAAUUUUUUUAAACUGUUUCGCUAAUUUAGCAUUUGUGUUUCCUUUCUGUUUGUCUUAUUUACACAGUAUUUUAUUUUCAUGGAGCACAUCUUGCAAACCGUAUGUGUCAUGUCCAUGUCAUUUGUGCGCUGCAUGUAUUCCUAAUGUCUUUCCCCAGGUGCUGCUGUAUUUGUUGCACGAACUUACUCCUGCUCUAUCAUGUCUCCUCUGCCAACCUCACUGGACAAACAGUUGAUUUUAUUUUUCCAUUAUCAUAGAUUUGACUUCAUAUUAACGAUUAAUUUGAGAAAAUUGAUACUUGGUCAGUGAGACAAUUGGAUAUAUCACCAGACAAAAUAUCGUGAUACUAUGCUGUAUCGAUUUUUCUCCCACCCCUACUAUUUAAUAUAUACAUCAUUGCAGUACAUACUUUCUGGGACAAGCUGUCAUUGCAAUGUUGUCUCUCUGUCAGUUUGUCUCCAAUUAUACAAACUUUUCUGAACAAAAUAUCUUGAAAAAACAACAAAGGACAAAUCAGACUAUAAUAUUAACGCAUUGGUAUUUCAUAAACAAAGAUAUAACUCCUUUGUACUUCGGAGAACAGAUGCAGGCUGCAUAAUAAGGCUGAACAAUUCUCUAAUUCUCAUUUCAUUUGCACAGAUUUUGACCUGAGGGUGAUAUUAGUCAGAAUAAUUGUUGAUCUGUGGUAAAUGGAGGCUCUUAGAGGGUGUUUUGUCUAUGCUAAGUUUGCUAAGGUUGCAUGUGUCUGGAUUGGUUGACUCAUCAUAACGAUGAAUGUGUCCCCAGGCUUGUGGAUGACCGCUGUGUGGUACAGCCAGACACAGGUGACCUCAAUAACCCGCCCAAGAAAUUCAGAGGUAAGGUUUCAAAAACACUCUCCUCACAAUGACAGAUGAUUAUGUUUACUGUAUUUAACAAUGCUUUACUUUAAAAGAAAGACUUUAACUGUUAGGAAAAAAAAAAGGUUGAUUGAUACAUUAAAUAAUAGUGACUCUGGCAUUGGUAACCAGGGGGGCAAUAUAAGGAGCUACACGAAGAGGGGGGGGGAACAUGUGGGGUACAGUUUCAACUAGCAGCCAUAAAGAUUCGAAUAUAACAAGUUUAUGGUGAACUGAUAGGAUGAUAUCUGCUGUGAAGAAUAUCUAGUUUGUGUUGAUUUUGUGCUCCUUUAGACAAAGGUGGCCAUGUUGUCAUUUUGCUGAUUUUGCCCUGAACAUGCCAAGGUAGUAAUUUCAUUCCAAGGUAAUUGAAAGUGUGCUUAAAUCUUUUAGUCUGGUGCCCACUCACUGAAGAAAAAAUUACAUUGUAAAGUUUUAUCCAUGUUGUUGAUAGUCUUUUGAUUUUGUUGUUUAUUAAAAGGAAUCAGGAUUAAUUUCACCCUCCUCACGGGAGCUUUAAAUGAUGUGAUUAUGUCAGCUGUGUCUUAGCACCAGUUUUACACAUCAUCUACUCACGAGUCUUUGUUGCAGAUUUCAUGUCUGAGUGGCAACAAGUUAUCUGUGAAGGGGUUUUCUGUUUCUGUCAGGAUUUGCUCUGUCAUAUAACUUAACAGUUUCAGUGAUGAUGCUCUGUGUUGAGUCGCAGCAGGUAAAGAUUAUGGUUUUUCAUCCAGAGUGAAAUAAUUGCGUAUGGAUUUUUGCCUGGGCUCAGACAAAAACAACAAACAGCAUGGAUCAACAUGUGUCCAAUAAAGGUGUAAACAACACAUUAAACCAUUUUAGAGUGGCCUCACUCAAACAAAGGUUCAGUAAAAGAGGUACUAACCACAAAGUAGCAGAUGUUCAAAGAUUUAAUUCAAUAUGUCACAACAGUGCUGGGUUGUCCAAUUAAACAAACAAAAAAACUGUCACCAUGGAAACACUACCAUGUGGAUCAUGCUAGGUCACAUGGUUACUAUAAUGUAGGUUAGGUUCAUUAUCAAAGUCUUCACCAACAAGUCCAUUCUGAAUAAGAUAAGUGUUUUUCUGUCCUGUAACAUGCAGUCAUUUAAAAGCAAAAACUUAAAGGGAUAUUCCGGCGUAAAUUUAGGUUAUGGUCAGACAUACGAAACACUGAGUUAGACGACCCAUCAAGAGAUGGAUGUUGCCGACUGCUUGCUUCUGUAGUUAUACCAACUUUAGCAACAACCGCAUGAUAGCAAUACCUCUACGCGCACACCUCAACCAAAAAGCCACUCUAUAGCCGCAAGUAAUGCUCAGAACAGCACCUAACUUCAUCAACAGGACAUAUAGGGUACCAGCCAUAGUACUAGCCACCAGACAUCUUUUUAGCCUUCCCUGGUUUCUUGAGCAAAGAGACCAAACACAACUCACCCACUCACCCCUCCAGCAGCUGCUUGUUUGUGGGGGGGAACCCUGAUGAGUCAAUCACUGAGUACAGCGGAGUUUUGCAGCUCAAGAAAGAACAUUUGUGAUUAUUACUUCAUGGAAAUGCAAUCAGACCAAGACGCAAAGGCAGAAGAACCACAGCGUCUGGAGUGCAAAAUGAUUUAUAAUGAUGAUUAUUACUGUAUGGAAAUGAUCUGCUGCACUCGGUGAUCGACUCGUCAGGGCUCCCCCACAAUUAAGCGGCUGCUGAAGGACAGUAACUUAAAUUGACUUAAAUUUACAUCGGAAUAUCCCUUUAACUUGUCCUUUUUGAUUGAUAAUUAUACAUUAGGAAGAUACUCCUCAACAUAUUUCAUCCAUGUGCUGUAAAUAAAGGAAACAGACACUCAAAAAUGUUACUGUAGGGAUGACUUGACAAUAACCACAAAAACUUCAGUUUCUGUUUUUACUGAAAGAGAAAUAUGAGAGUAGAGAGCGACCUGGCAGAGGAACGUGUGUGCCAGGUCACUGAUAUUCCUCAAGAAAAGAUACAUGGUAACAGAAGAGCAGCCUUUUGACCAAACAAAUGCUCACCUGCUAGUGCGAGUUCUCCGGCCGUACAGUAAAAACUUAGGCUGAUUUUAAAAAGUUUUGUUUGAAUGUAAGGAUACAUCACCUGGUUUAACCUGGUCAUUAUAAGAGAUACAGUUCAGCAUGGAUAAGCAUUAUAAAAAUCCCCCUCCUUAUUCAUCAACUACCCUUUUUAUUGCAAGAUAAGGACAAGUUAAUGAUUACUUAAACAUAUAAACAUAUCACAGUCCUUUUUUAAAAAGUCCAUCUAUUUUGACGGAGGCUACAGAGUUGCUUCAAAUUAACACAAGGGUGACCAAAUUCUCUCACUCAUGGUGUUAAGAUAUUAGUAUUUGCAUUAUCUGCUGAUUGUCGCAAUGGGUAACAGAAAAGUAACCGUGUGUAAUGGAUUUAAAUAAGACAUGGCCCAUUGCUGGAGGAUGUGAUGGUCAGCCUUAUUUGGCUGUUUCUAACUGUGCUAUUCAAAUCAUAUUCAAAGCUCAUGGUUAUCUCCACAAAACCAAAGUAGCUGCAGACUACCUUAGUCACCUGCACAUUAAAAACACUCUAAAUAAAAGCACAGUUACACCUUUUUAGAGUCAAGGUGAUUAUGAAUACAUGGUAUUACAUGUUUAACUGUUUCUGCCAUUUUAUCCUUUUUUUAGAUUCUGAAAUAUUGUUAGAUGAUAGGACAAGAGAAAUGUCCCCUCAAAUUCUAAUCAGUCUUUCAAUGUCGUCAUUAUUUAAAGGGUUUAACGGUGUUUUGAGGAUACAAUCUGGAGUCUCGUGGCGUUUAUGGAGGCCAGUGAUACCAGAAGCAAAUAGUACAGUACCGUCCUACUGGCCUGUUUGGUAUUAAUAGAGCACUUUUGCUAUUUAAAAACUGUAGUGCAGGGAGCUGUAAUGCAGCAAUGUAAACCCUAUUUCUUUUUUCCUGACGCAAGUGAAAAAUGUACACUAAACAGAGUAAGUAUUUGUGUGUGUGUGUGCUGUACUCAGUUAAAGUUGAUGACAUGCACAUCGCUGUUUUAAAAAAUGAGUUAUUUUUUUCACACAUGCAAAAAAAGCUUUGUCAAAUCAGUCAAUCAAUACUUUGAAUGUGUUUCAACCCUUUCUAAUAUUUCUAACACAAGAGACCUCUACCUGCUCAACUAUGGAGGAUUUACCAAGACCUGGGGCUGGGUGACAAGACCAGAUCAUCAGAAUAGGACAAUUCACUUUGCUGUAUAUUCAUAAAGGGAGUCAGUUGUGCAUGGACCUAUGGGUAGUGCUAUACUUUAGCUCAUCCAUAACAUUGGAUUUGAUAAAGUACGUUCCACUAAAGCUAUUAAUUUUUAGAGGUCAUUUUUCAAGUUGCAAUGUUGAGUGUUUAUUUGAUUUCCCACUUUGAUGCCCUGCGAUAGACGCACAGCUAGGCAUGUGCCAAUAUGAAAAAUUUGAUAUCAUGAUAUUGGUGACCCAAAAUCUCACAAUUCAUGAUAUUAUCACGAUAUUAGCGCAUUGCUUGUAACGUUAUUAAAAAUGGCAAAAAACUGCGAAAUCACUUCUCUGUGCACAGCAUGACAUGCACAAACAAUAUGAGCAAGAGGCAGCUAACGCGACGUUGAGAGCAUUAGCUUUUUGGAGCUGGAGUUAGCAGAAACGUCACUAACGUCAAUAAUAACAGUAGAGUAGACCAAACUUGUUGCGGUCAUGUUGUUUUUACCUUGAUUUGGGCGAACGAUGCUGGAUGGUGUUCAUGGAGGUGGGCGCGUAGGUUUGAAGUGUUAGACAACGGUGCUGUCUAGCCGAGGAGUUUCCUCAUUCUCAGUCUCCGACUGUUCUUGGUCCGGUGUUAUGCCGUAGAAUGCACCCCUGCCGUUGAAUGCACCCCUGACGGGAGCGCGGUUGAAAGUACAUAACAAGGCGAAAUAAUCGAAGUUUUCCUUACCAUUGGGUGGAUUCAAAAGCAUGUGCCUUUAAUGAUUAUUUCAUUCAGACUAUUCAUAUAAGCUGAAAACAAUAUAAUGCUCUCUACCUUGACAGCUUACUGUACAGUUUAUGUACCCAAGUACAUCUUUAAAUGUGCAUUUUUGGGACACAUAAAAACAGAACGAAAGUUUGCUGCUCCAUUUGACAUGUUGUCAUGAUCCAAUACUCGCAUUUUUAAAAUAUUAGAUCAUAUCUCCUCCACUUUAAGAAGCUAAUGAGCGGAUGGGAUGCAUUGUGGACACGCUCCAACAGUGCUUUGAGUGGCCGCAAUGCAUUGUGGGUGGCCACACAUUUUGUUGUAAAAUUUCUUCAUUUUCUCUUUAAUGUUCCUGUUUUUGUUAGGCUGGCAUUAAUGUACUUAAUUUGAGAGUUUUUUGGAUUUGGGACCACUUUUGUGGUGGUUUGUUUGUACAUUUUGCUACCGAGGCUUUGUGGGUAAGACUACAAACGGGUUAGGUUGGUAAGUACUUGGCCUCGCUCACCUUUGCUCAGUGACGCUGCCAUCCGUCUUUAAAUUAUAAUUGUGGAACGAUUUCUACAGUACCUCACAAUUUCAUAAUUGCGGCCGUUUAAUAUCGCAUAUCACGACUAAAUGGUAUAUCAGCACAUCCCUACGCACAGCGAAACUGCACCAUCUUAUGACUUAUGCUGACAUCAAGAACAGGAUCAAGGUUAUCCUCUUUAAAUUUUAGUUCAAUAUUCUUAAAGUACUUUGUUUUUGCUUUUUACUAAAUAUUACAAAAAUCAUCCAACCCCACUUUUAUCUCUUCAUGGCAGGCUUCUCUCAGGUAAAUUUCUAGAGCAUCCAACCUGAAUUCAAAGGUAAAAGAUCUCCUAAACUGAAGAAUGAUUUUACUUACAGCCCAAUUACCUUUUUUUGCAUACAAAAAAGUACCUGGUAAAUUGAAUAAUUUUUAAACAUUUUGUGUCAGAAUAAUGACUAAUGCUAGUAGAAUGAAUCCACAUUCAGUUAAAACACUGUAGACUUUCAUUUACCCCCCAUGCAACAAGAGUAUGAACUUCUUUCCUAACUGUCUUCAAAGUGUUGCAAUAUUAGUUUUCUGUGUUGCAUCGCAGGUUUUUGUUUUUUCGCGUUAUUCCCUCAUCACUUCUCAGCUCUGUGAUAUUAACCAAUCUUUUGCCAAAUGUUUCUCAGCCCAUCAUUUCCACACACUUCCUCUAAACUUUGAUUGCUCUCCCCUGGCAGACAGACUUUUUCCCACUGCCCCAAUUUCCAGUUUUCGUCCUUGGCCCGGUCUCCUCCUUUUUUCUUCCCCUCAAACCUGUGCCAGCCUAUGUCUGAUCCCAGGGGGCUUGUGUGUUGGCUGUGUUUCUAAUGGAGGUUGCCGUGGCAGCUAUUUUUACCCCGCUGAUAAAUCACUUUCUCCCCAGUACCAGUAAAAGUGGUUAAACUGAAUGUGGAGACAAUGAUGACUUAUAAAUGAUUAAGCGCUUUGUUCACAUCCAUGUUCAAAUUUUUAGUGUUUUUUGUUCUUUUUAGUUUUAGAUCCCAUUGUUUUCUGAAACUGUAUGUUUUUGGUUCAUAUGGUGGAAGCAGACAGGCUUAAGAGUGUCAUAUUUUCAUACCUACAGAUUACAGUUAUCCUGGUUGAAAACCUAUUAUUAAACAGUAUUAUUAAGAUAAGAUGUUCCCUUAUUAGUCCCACCGGGGGAAAUUCCAAAAUUACAGCAGCAUAGCAUGGAUACAAAAAUAGGAAAAUUAAAAGAUACAGAAACUUUGACUGAAAACAAGAUAUGUGCAUGUCAUAUUUACAUCUGUACAGAAAUUACAUAAUAAUGGAUUUUAUAUUGGUGGACAACUGAGUCUUCAUUCUUAAAACUACUAUGAAAUUUGGUUGAGGGGGAUCUCCUGUAAGUCUUAUAUAUGCAUCAACAAGAAUGUAGGGCUUGGCGAUAAACCGAAAAUUUACUGAUACCGAAAUUUGCGACAAUAAUUGACGUCAUUUUGUCAAAAAAAUAAUCACAUAAAAGUUGGUUUUGGGUGUGUGUAGGUAGGCUCUGGUCUCAUGUCCCUUUAGGAUGCUGUCCUAUGUUAGAGACGUGACUCCACCCCAUCCAGUCUGUAACAAAGAGGGAAAGACAGGUGAGAAGAUGGAGGACGGUUUAAAGGUGGAGCGGCUAGAGUAGACAAAGUUAAUGUGGGAGGGGGUGAGCAGCUUGUGGAGUAGUUAUCUUCCAUUAAUCGUUAUCGAGGUGAACUGCUCAAUAUAUCGUGAUAUUGAUUUGAGGCCAUAUUGCCCAGCCCUACAAUAACGUUUGUGAGUAAAUGAUGGAAGUGAAAUAUUAAACCCAUGUGCAAACUGACUGGCUGGUACAAACAAAACAUCUCACUGACUCCUGGUUUGUCAUAUGCUCCUAGGUAGGAUAUAUUGCUUUACUUCCAUAACAGUCUUCCCUUUGUGGCAAACCAAUUUUUGCCUUGAGAUGUAAAACAGAGGUAGAAAUUCCUACCCGUGAUGUUGAUUUGAUAUCGUUAAGUAAAUUUGCUGAACUCCUGAAAAAACCACAGGUGUGCAAACGGUAUCAAGUAACAUAUAUUUAGAGUCCUCCACCUGAUUGUGUAUGUGGUCUAACUGGGAUUUCUUGUUUCUUGCUUUGUGCCAAAACUUCACAACUGAAUCACACAUAAUUUAAAUUGCUGAUCCAUGCUCUCCUACAGUAACACUGUGUCUGAGUGCUGCUGAAGUGUGUAAAGUUCUGACUGAUGUCUCCGUUUUUGUGUUUCUGUUGCGACUUAGUUUUUGGCUAUUGUCUUUGAAGUUGCAUCCUCUCUUGAGAUAAAAUUAGCUAGUCUGAGACCUGAUGAUGAGAACUCUCUUCUUCUUCUUCUUCUUUAUUUUUGUCAGACUGCCUUUUCAGAUUAUGUCCCAUGAACAGAUACUCAGCGCAGAAACAGUUCUGGAAAGCAGCGAAACCAGGAGGCAACAGCACCACCGACACAGUACUCCUCAACAAACUCCAUGUUAGUGUUCUCUUAACCUAAAGUGUCUGCUCUGUAACUUUCCUUAUCUUAUGAAAACAGAGUAUUUCAUUGAAGCCAAAAUUCUUGUUUUGCUUCAAAAUAUUUAUGUUGCAUUGAAAGUUUAAUCCCAAAGACACUUGGACCUGUUCCAAGUCUCAGAAGGGUUCAAACAAGGUCCAGUUGCUUUUGGAUCAAACUUUGAGUCACUAUAACCUACAGGAGAUGACCUAGAACUUACAAAUCAUUAUUCAUUUGGCAUUACUCUUUCCAGAUGCAGCAAUUUCCUACCAAUAUCUGUCCCCUGCUUUGUGUUUUAGCAUGCUGCGGACCUUGAGAAGAAGCAGAAUGAGUCUGAAAACCGCAAGUUGCUGGGAACAGUCAUCCAGUAUGGAAAUGUCAUCCAGGUCUGUUCAGUGGAAUUUAAGCAUUUGGUUGAUAGCAGUGCAUCGCCGUGUCAGACACAAUGUGCUCAGUUUUUAAAAAGUUUUAUCAGAGAAGAGUUUUGAAUAAUUACUGCAUCAAAAGGCCCUGUGUUUCACUGUUUGAUCUCACUUUGCUCGUCAUCCAAGAACGGUUUACACAGCGGUGUGAGAUAAUGUUUUACAAGAAAUGGCUGGACAUUCCUGCUCUAUAGCAUUUACAAAAAGACUGUCCAAGUACUGGAUAGUUUUCUAGUUGCAACAAAAUUUCAGGAAGGAACAACUCUAGGGACUGGUUUGUCAGAAAAUAGUAAGAAUUGCUUUAAUGUCAUGUCAUCGACUGCACAGCCAUGCUCUACUAUAACUCAUUACAGCCUCAAGGUCAAAUAUUGUAACAUGUUUCCGGAUGAGGCUGCUGCACAGUUAGUUUUUCCAGUUAUGGUUUUAUCUCGUGUGAGUCGUCCUGUAAAGUUGAUUAUUUUUGGUCAUUAGUGGGCCAUUUUAUUUUGGGUCAUGAGAAUCUAUGAAGGUUAAGAGGUUGCGAGGACGUAAAUAGUUUAUGAGGAAUAAGGACAUCAGCGUUACAUAUUUCAGUGAACUGUUCCCAUGAGUCAUGAUGUGCCAGACUGUGACAUAUUUCCAUCUUUGUAGCAUUUCUGUCAUUCUGCCUGGGUUAUGCUGUUGGGAGUAUAUCUAUGUAUAUAUAUAUAUCUAUUUAUCACUGAUUUUUGUUUUGCCAACAGUUGCUGCACUUAAAAAGCAAUAAAUACCUGACAGUGAACAAGCGCCUACCUGCACUGUUGGAGAAAAACGCCAUGAGAGUGACGCUGGACUCAGCUGGGAAUGAAGGAUCCUGGUUCUACAUCCAGCCUUUCUACAAGCUCCGCUCCCUGGGAGACAGUGUGGGUAGAGCGGGGUGUGGGAUUAUGAUUAAGCUCAGUGGGAAAUCAAGGAUGUCAUUUUGGACUUUUUUUCAGCAUUUGGAUUGGAAAGUCACUUUAAGUAGCUAUAUCAGAGAUAUGGACAUGACAUGAUUAGUCCAGUAUGAAUCCCUGCUCCAGGCUACCCUUAACAAAGCUAAUUUUAUUCAGUAGUUAGUUAUUUUGCUAGUUUGAUGAGAUACUAGGGCUGGGGGAUAUGACCUCAAUUCAAUAUCAUGAUAUAUUGAGCAGUUCACCUUAACGAUAAAUGAACGAUAACUACUCCACAAGCUGCUCAGCCUUUCUCACAUUAACUUCGUCCACUUUCCCUCUUUGUUAUGGACUGGAUGGUGUGGAGUCAUGUCUUCGACGUAGGACAGCGUCUUAAAGGGACAUGAGACCAUAGCCUAACUACACACAUCAAAAAACAACUUUUAUUGAUUCAUUUAUUUGACACCGAAUAUACCGAUUUGGGCAAAAUGACGUUGGUUAUUGUCGUAAAUUUCAGUAUCAGUAAAUAUUUGGUUUAUCGCCCAGCCCUAUAAGAUACCGUUUAUUCUCAGUAACAGCUGACAUUCAGCAGUUUUGUCAGGAUGAAAGUGAAGUAUAUUUCAGACGCUUAACUUUGAGUGGAAUUUUAAUACCUGCCCACAGAGUCAAACUCAGGUAGAAUAUGUAGGAAUCACUCCAAACAGUGCUUGAUAUCCAAACCUGCAUUACAGUUACAAAGAGCCCACACAAAUAGUUCAGCAUCAUCUCUCUUUACUUCCAGAUUACUGAAUGUAUUGCGGAGAUCAUGUGGCACACAGAGGGUCCAGUGAUGAAGACCCUGACUGUGAAAAACUUGCUUACUGGUUCUGUUGUUGCAGUUGCAGCUACUCAAAUAUCAGCGAAGGGGUAUUUGGCAAGAGCAAAACUAAUCUCCGACCAAUCCAUUAGCUGCUUAGCUGCUCUGUGGGAAAUUGAAUCAACGGAUUUUGAUGAGUAAGACACCUCUGGUCCUGCUCCGUUGAUCGCAGUACUAAAAUUAAAAUCUCUUCACUAUGAGUGCUUUAAGACGUAAGUACUGGAUUAGUGGUGGUGCCAGUUGAGAUGCAGGAAACAGUCCCAAAAGACUGUAUGAUCUGAAGUACAGAAAACGUGCCAGGAUUUAUGUGCUAACUCCAAUUGUUUGUUUCUUUUUCAACUACAAUGGAAAGAAAUGCUUUUUAAAAAUGAGAAGUUUCCAUCUGAGGUCCAAAUACAUGCUGUUUAUGUGGUAGAAUUACUACAGGAUGUACUUACUGUUGUCAUACUCAACUUGAGGGUCAACUGGGUAGGUCUUUUGGCAGGUUAGUGGUGUUAGUGAUGGUCUGGGUCAGAGCUCACAAAGUCAUUCUGGUCCAGUUUUCAUGCACAGAAUAUGGUCCUCAACUCCCUCUAGUGCUCAAAUCAGGACUAGCAUUAUUCAGUGUUGGCACAUCAGUCACACCUCUGUGUUCUGUUCACCUUGUGAAGAGAGGAAAUGACAGUGCUGAAGAAUGAUGGCUCAUAUCAUGGGACUUGACAUACUUGCAGUUUGACGUUUAAUUGGAGCUCUCCAUCCCUCACAGUGGUGUCUUUGUAGGACAUGUUCUGUCAUGGGUACUGAGUCUGAACAGGAUUACCACAGCCUUGUUCCUUUUCUUGAAUUCUGACAAACUUUAGUGUCCAUUUCAAAGCAGUUUGUUUUUAAUGUGUUUUUGUUUUGGACCUGCAGGUGGUGAUUGGUGACAAAGUGGUCCUUAACCCUGUGAAUGCUGGACAGCCUCUGCAUGCCAGCAGCCACCAGCUAGUUGACAACCCAGGGUGCAAUGAGGUGACCUUACCAGGCCUUACUGCAUGGUUGUUUUCUGCUGUCCAUUAAUCUGGGGUCUAAAAAGGAUAAUUCCAGCAUAAAAUUAAGUUAGGGUCAAACAAACCUUAACACCGAGUUAGACACCCCGUAGAGAGAUGAAUGUUGCCGACUGUUUGCUUCUCUAGUUAUAUCAACUUUGGUAACGACCAUACGAGAGCAAUACACAACGGUCCCAGGAGCCACACGCUCUACCAAAAAGCCACUCUAUAGCCACAAAUAAUGCUCAGAACAGCACCUACAUAUAGGGUCCCAGUCAUAGUAUUAGUCAUCAAACAUUUUUUUAGCUUUGUCUGAUUCCUUUGGCAAAGAGACCAAACACUACUCACCCACUCUCUUCCGGCAGCUGCUUGUUUGUAUGGAGACUUUGGACGAGUCCAUCACUGCAGCGGGGUGACGCAGCUCAAGGAAGAACAUUUAUGACUAUUUCUUCAUGGAAAUGCAAACAGACCGAGACGCUUAGGCAGAGCAAAAUGAUUAAUAUGAUGAUUAUUACUUCAAGUAAAUGAUAAAGUAAGGGGUGUCUAACUUGGUGUUACGGUGUAUUUGACCCUAACUUAAUUUUACGCCGGAAUAUUCCUUUAACUCUGCAGGAUAUAAUGAUUUAAAAAUCCUUAGAUGCAAUGACAUGCAUGUCUUUGGAUUUGUCUGAUUGUUCACAUGAUUCCCUGCUGGACCUUUCAGGUGAAUUCUGUCAACUGCAACACGAGCUGGAAAGUUGUUCUCUUUAUGAAAUGGAGUGACAACAAGGAGACGAUACUCAAAGGGGUACGUACAUCUUUUUACGACAUUGUGAAACACACCUUCAUUACUCCACUUUAAAACACAGAUGUAGAAUUAGAUUAUAUUAAACCUGAUAAGGACUUAGAAGUUGAAAACAGAAAGUUUAAAUGAAAUUGACUUUAUGAGAAUUUAAAGUGCCAGUGAAAAACAAAACAUCUGUGUGGGGUUGCUUUAACAAAUAACACUUCUCACUUGUGUAUAUGUGUUUGUGUAUGUGUGAACAUAUUUGCAGGGUGAUGUCGUCCGGCUGUUUCACGCAGAGCAAGAGAAGUUUCUCACAUGUGACGACCACAGAAAGAAACAGUAUGUUUUUUUAAGAACAACAGGCCGCCAGUCUGCCACCUCUGCAACUAGCAGCAAAGCACUGUGGGAAGUAGAGGUCAGAAAAACUAGUUCAUGUGGUUUCUGCUGUUGCGCAUGCCAUUUAGUUGAUUAAAGGAUGGUGUCUCAAAUAUGCAACUGUCUUCAUGCCUUUUGUAACUGCCAGGUGGUCCAUCAUGAUCCAUGUAGGGGAGGUGCAGGCUACUGGAACAGCCUUUUCAGGUUUAAGCACCUGGCCACAGGGUGUUACCUUGCUGCUGAGAUGGGUGAGGUGGGUGUCAACUCCCUUUUUGAAGUUUUACGACUGAAGAAAAACACUUUACAUAUAGAAUAUGUCUGAAAAGUUGCUAUAAGUGCUGAUCAACAAAAAACACUGGCACUAUAUCCACAAUAAAGUUGAAUAAAGUUGACACGCAGAUGUUUUUUUCUCAGGUUAAUCAAGAUUUAGAGGAGGAGAGUGCUGAGCAGCGGUCCUCGGUAAGACCUGAUUUCUUAUCCUGUUGAGUGCUCUGUCUCUUCACGCUUUGAGGCUCCACUGCUUUUGAUCUAAUCGGUUCAAUCGUGUGCUUGAUCUUUGGUGACUCCUCUAGGUGGUGGACUUUACGCCCUUUAAUUUUCAGGUACUGUUCUGCAAACUUAAUUUUCCAACAUAAUGCAAAAAUCAUAGUCAUGUCUUCACAUUACCAUCCAAAUGCCUCGACUUAUUUGUUGUCAGAUUCAUCUAUAGCUCUUGUGAUGUUGGUUGUGUAUGAACUUUUUUUUUUCUCACAACUUUAUUGAAAAUUAAAAUAACAAUAAAUCAGCAUUUCCAGUUCACGUUUCAUACACAAUAGAAAUGCAGCAAAGCCAUGUAUAUGACAACGUUUAGCAAUAAUUAAGCAAAAGAGAAAAAAAAAACAUAUUAAUAAAAAUGGAAAUAAAUUAGGCUACAGACCCUUUUUUCCCAUGAAGUAAAUAGUAAAUUUAUAGUUAUUGUGACAAAUGAUUAAAUGAACAUUUCUGAAUACAAGUUCAUUAUGGAUAUGCAUGUUUUAUUUGUAAUCGACUCAAUAGACUUAAAGCAAUAAUCAACUUGAAUAAAAAAAUUUAUUUCACAGUGAAAGUAACCAGUAGGUGGCAGUGUUUUACAAAUAGAGAGACUAACUUGGAUGUUGUGUGCACCUGCAGGGGCAAACGAUUUUCGAACAGGGUGCAGAUUUCUGUAGUGAUGACAGGUGGUUUAACUGUCUGAUCUGUAGUCUGAUCUGAAGUUAAAACCGUUAUGUGAAAUUAGCAUCAACUGUCAAGGUGAUGGUCAAUGUGAAAAAAACAUACAAAUCCCUUUGCUUGAUGUUGCUUGAGAAUCAGUGGCACACAUGCUGGUCUUUUUAUUGUGUAAACUUUGAUGUGAAUCUUACAAAGUGUUUUUCUCCCUCCCGCUGCAUCGGUUUUCACUCCAGCUUGAUGCAGAUAAUGAAGCUUUACGAGGUCGUCUGCGAGCGCCCCAGGAGAAGAUCAUGUACACUCUGGUGCCAGUCCCUGAUGGCAUGGAUAUUUCUUCUAUCUUUGAGCUGGAUCCUACCACUCUCAGAGGAGGUGACUCCAUGGUGCCCAGGUACAAGACUCAUUUAUUUAUUUAACCUUUGUUUUACCAGGAAAUAUCCCAUUGAGAUUAAGAACUUCUGUUUUCAAGGGAGUCCUGGCCAAGAGGCAGCAAACACAAAACACAGUUACAUAUUUACAUAAAUAAUCAAUCAAUCAGUCUUAUAUAUAUAUAUAUAGCACUUUUCAUACACAACCAUGUUGCACAAAUGCUAUACACAGCAAAGGAAAAGGAAAGAAAGAGAAAAAAAGAACAAAGAAUACCUGGAUCUACCCCAACCCAGUCCCUCAUUCCCACCCCACAAUCUAAACGCUACAGAAACAUGUAUUAAAAUGCAUUAACUUGAAAAGGGCUCGAUUUCAUGGAAACAGGAGUAUGCGCACUGAGGAAAUGCCGUUUUAAAAUUCAAGAUAAGGAAACACUGGAGGUUAGGUUAAAAUCUAAAAACAAAGUAACAUUAAAUGAAAUUAAAAAAUAAAUAAAUAAAAUGAAAUAAAACAACAGUAAAAGAUAGUAAAAUAAGAGCACCGAAAUAGCUCAAUAAAAGACGAUCCUGUCAUUAAAACUAGAGGAGAUAAACGCUUAAACACUUAAACAAAGUUAAUGAUAUAAAAUUUUGUUAAAUCAAGACUAAAAAGGUAGGUUUUGAGUUUGUUUUUAAAAUCAUUAAGAUUAGAAAUAAGACACAGAACUCAAACACAUUAUGAGGAACAAGUGCGUAUUGUGGAAUUGGCUUCAAUAAAUCUCAGUUUGGAUUUAAAAGUGCUUAAAGAAAUUAAGUCUCUUAGUUUUCAGCCUUUCUGAAGCAUAUUCCACGUAUAAGGAGCAGUAAACAAAUCUCCAUCUCCAUACGAGCAUAAGGGACAAAAAGCAACAAUUGAUCCUGUGAAUGAAGAGAAUAAGAUUCAGAAUUUCUCUGAGUAAUUAAGGUACAGUAUUACCUUAUAAAUGAAAGUAAACUAAUUAAAGAUAGUUUUAAUAAAAAAAAAAAACAGUGUAUCCACUCACCGACCUUAUAGUUUUCUUUUCCGGUCAGCUGAAGGACAAAACUACCAACAAUAAUAUCCACGAACAACAAUCCGAACUGCUUCCUUCAACUCUAGGGUAAAUAAACAAUCAAAUCAUAGAUAGUGACAUUAACUAUGAUCUGACUCUAGUUUGAGUUAAAGAGAUCCUGCGGUUUAAGGGUUCCUUUAGUGUCUGCAAAUAUGGAGAAGGACUUUUCUUUUAUUGGACUCUACAAACUAACUGUACAGCAGUUUUUAAAAACUGAUGUGUUACUAGACGUUAAGGUCAAGGUAAGAUUAACAGGCAGGUAAGGUGAAGAUUAGGGUGAGAGUAAAGCUUGGGAUUUUGCAAGUCAUGGUUGUGGUUAGAGAGGGAAACACCCAUAGAGGACUCUGUUGAUCAUGUUUCGUUUCUGUUGUGUGUGCUGUGAUUGUGCCUGUGCAUCAGCGUGAACCUUCAUGGACUGGUCACCUUUGUGUGGUAUUAUAAUAGCAGCAGGUGAAGUUCCAGCAACGCACCAAAUUUUAUACUUUGAAAUUAAUCAAGUGGAAGUAGAGACAAAAUAAGUUGUGGUUUGUAAAAAAUAUUGACAUUUAAUCCACUUUGAAAACCACCUAAAAAAAACAAUGUCAUGACAGGUCAGCUGAUCUAUGAGGUUUUAUUUACAGAUCUUCAAUCCAAGCACGUAUGGGUGCGGUUUAUUUCAAUACUUGUCAGACCGUGUUGGGUGAGAGGAUAUACUUCUAAAAUUACAAAAGUACAUCUGUUCCUGUCAACCGCACAUGAGAUUAAAACAGGCUCUUCACGUUUUUAGAGCCUCCAUUGUGUCCCAUCGUCAGGUGUGUGUCUGCAUGCUGCGGGCUACCACUGCAAACUCCUCCCAUUGCUACCUGAAAUAACCCCGUCCCUCUUAACUGUAGCCAGGGGACUAAUUAUUAAUGCCCAAGAGAACCGGUACACAAAGGUAAGCCUGUUAGCUUCAGCAGGCCUUUACGUAACACCUGCCAAGAAUACAUCCACCGUCUCCUGUCUGUGUGUGAAGGGUCUGACAAGCAGCACACACCUCCUGUUGCACACGUGAAGAGGGAGCGAAAGUGUAGUUGGCUCAGACUUACCAUGUGCAAAGGUUUAGUGCUUGAUGAAGGAGAGAUAAUACUGUACAGGUGUCUGCUGGCCAGCAUGUAAUGCCAUACAGUGACUGAGGAAGUUAUUGUAUACUAUCUUCUCUACCAUGUGGUUUUAUUUACAUAUAUUUGUCACUUCUCCCUUUUGUUCUCUCCAGUGCAGUUUGUAUUUACCCAUUGAGUCAUUGUAUGCACAUGAUUUUCCUUUUAUGUUGUAGGCAUGGAUUUUAUAAAUGUGUUAUCAACAUUUAUGAGGUCUUCAUGGAAACGUAGCAUUGGACUGCUACUACUAAUACUGCUACUACUACUAUUCUGCUCCCUGUUAGAAUGCAAAUGUUUUUUGGAUAAAGAGUCACCACACUGUUUUGCUUAAACAAAUAGACAUCUUCAUGUCACUGGCAAAUCCAGAAACUCUUCAAGGAUCGCUCCGAAGGGUACCUGUGUAAUAUGAAAUGAAAAAAGUCAGUCAGGGAAAUGUGGUCUGUAUUUUUUCUUUUUUUUUUUUCAGAAAGUACAACUUUAACAGAGGGGCGGCACAGUGGUGUACUAGUUAGCACUGUCGCCUCACAGCAAGAAGGUCCUGGGUUUGAAUCCGGGUCAGGGUGUUUCUGUGUGGAGUUUGCAUGUUCUACCUGUGUCUCCGUGGGUUUACCCCGGGUACUCCAGUUUCCUCCCACAUUCCCAAAACACGCAAAAGUGGGGCUAGGUUAAUUGGUCACUUUCAAAUUGCCUGUAGGUGUGAAUGUGAGUGUGGAUGGUUGUUCAUCUCUACUUGUCAGUCGCCCCUGCCUUAGCCCAAAGAUGCUGGGAUAGGCUCCAGCCCCCACGCGACGCCCAAUGGGAAUAAGCGGAAGAAAAUGGACGGAUGGACAACUUUAACAGUGUUGUAUAAAGUACUAAACAAAUGUACUUGAGUUGAAGUAUAGUUACCUUACCAGAAAAUGACUCAAGUAGAAAGAAUGUGAUAUACUUUAAGACUUUGACUUGAGUAGAAUUCUCAUGGGAGACUUUCACUUUGACUUAAGUAUCAAAAGUACUCAAGUAAAUGUACUCCAAGUGAAAGUAAAAAGUCAAAGCCAAAGUACAAAUUAAUAUAUUUUCGUUAUUUGCAAAAGCUACUUAAGCCCAAAUAAGCACACAUUUCAGGUGGUUGCAAGCAACAGCUUAGAAAAAUAAAUGGGAUGGACAGACGGAGGGAGGGACCCCUGAUUACAGCACUGAUCAGGAGAAACAAUAGUGUAUCCUCCAACAGUCAAAGAACUUAGGACAGAAGUUGGGCACCAUGAGAACCAUCAAAACAGCCACUGGACAUUUAGGUGGGUGCAAGCAACUGUGCAACCUAUAAGCAGCUGCAGAAAUGCCCGGGCUUGAGUGACUGAUUGACGAUGAUCAAACGCAAUGCAAAUCAAGAUUAGGUAAAGGGGAAAAAAAAAGGGUUUUCCACCUACCGGUUUUAAUAGUAAUCGAGUAAAAAUAGUAAUAGUGAAGAUGCUCCUGUGAAAUGUAGUGGAGUAAAAGUAUACUUUAAUUUUUAGAAAUGUAGCAAAGUAAAACUAAAGGUAAAAAUCGCGACCACAAAAAAACCAAAAAAAAACAAAAACAGUAAAGUGUAAAUACUUCAAAAUUUUACUGUGCUAUACUAUACAACACUGAACUUCAAACCUUCAAUAGAGGCAGCAUUUUAGUUUGAUAGAUGGUUAAAUAAGCGGCUUCCAUCAGAGAUCAAACAUGUGUCUUGAUAUCUGUCAAAACUUCAGAGCACAAUAACACCUUGCUGCGAUUUAAUUGAAAAUCUGUCUUAUAGAAAACUGUUCUUCACUUCUAGGAGCUCCUAUGUGAGGCUAAGACAUCUGUGCACCAACACGUGGGUCCACAGCACCAACAACCCCAUCGAUAAAGAGGAGGAGAAACCUGUCAUGUUACGGGUGAGCAGCUGAUGGCCGGGUCUGAAAGUAUAACACUGUUGGUGUUUGCUGAAUACAUGAACUAAAGACAAAACUUAUUUUUCAGAUUGGGACCUCAGGAGUAAAAGAAGAUAAGGAAGCUUUUGCCAUCGUACCUGUGCCGCCAGCAGAAGUGCGGGAUUUAGAUUUUGCCAAUGAUGCAAGUAAAGUGUUGGCGUCUAUCGCUGGCAAACUGGAAAAGGGAACCAUUACACAAAAUGAAAGACGGUAUGUAGGAAAAUAUAACUAUGAGACUUUAAAUGCUAUGUUAUGAGUUAAAGAUGUUGUAUCAUAACUGUGUGAUUUUCUCUGAUGAAGUUAAACAAAAUACAGUUGAGGAGGAGCUGAAACAAAUGGUUAAUGCACUGUGUAUACACAGUGCUCUCCGUAGUCCUGCUUCCACUCAAUUUCACAUCGCUUGUCACAAUAAUCCAUUCACAACACAUUCAGACACAGAUGGCAGAAUCUGCUCACCAGUAGUAGCACACCACUAAACUUGCCUAAGGUCAUUUUGGCAUGUGGGCGAGAGAUCAUACCCGUGAUCUUCAUAAAGGCAGAUAAGCAUUAAAAUACUAUGCAAAACAUUCAAAACAUACUGCACCACAAGACGGGACAUAAAAAAAAUUGUACAGACAACCUCAGAAGAGUUACACAACAGUGAACAAGUGGGUCUGAACCAAACAUCGAAUCCAAUCCAUAUUUUUUGUAUAACAUGAUUUAAGCAAAGUCAAGGUUUCCAAAGUGCUGCACAGCAAGAUAAAAAUACAAUAAUUAACACAGUGAAAGCACAAUAGAUAAGGUAAAAAUAAAAUGAGGUAAAAACACAGUCAAAUAAAACAAAUACAAUAAAUAAAAUAAAUGCUGUCAACUUCCUACUGGGUGUUAAAAGCCAAGGAGAAGAGGUGUGUCUUAAGACGGGUUUUAAAAACGGGCAAAGAGGAGGCCUGUCUGAUGUGCAGAGGCAGGUUGUUCUAAAGUUUGCGAGCUGCGACAGCAAAGGCACAAUCCCCUCUGAGCUUCCGCUUUGUUUUAGGCUGAUCAGCUGCUCCUGAGAGACCGGGAAGGAGUAUAAAAGUGUAGAAGCUCAGAGAGGUACGACAGGGCGAGACCAUUGAGGGAUUUAAAAGCAAAUAAAAGAAAUUUAAAGUGAACCCUAAAAUGUAUGGGCAGCCAGUGGAGUGACGCUGAAAUGGGGGUAAUGUGCUCGUGUUUUCUAGUGCCAGUUAAAAGAUGUGCUGUAGCGUUCUGCACCAUCUGGAGCUGAGAGAUGACCGACACACUGACCCCCACAGAUGAUGCAUUGCAGUAAUCCAACCAAACAUGCCUGUUUGCUAUCAAGAGGCAGGCUGACAGUCACAUACACUCAAGGUUCACCAUGUCAGUUAAGAAAAAGGAUACACUGCUGUUCACUAUGGUGUGCAACCUUAGGAUUAGCUUAGGUCUGAACAAGCGGUCGAUGAGGAGAGGCUAGCACAGAAGUAACGGCCUCAUAUUUAUGUGAUUGUGUCAAAAUGUGAACCGACUGCAGGCCUCGCUCACUUUUCUUUCGAUGACUGAUUUGCAUGUCUUUCCAGGUUUGUGACUAAGCUCCUAGAAGACCUAGUUUUCUUUGUAGUGGACAUCCCCAACAGUGGGCAGGAUGUGCUCGAGAUCAUGGUGAACAAACCGAACAGGGAAAGGCAGAAACUCAUGAGGGAGCAGAACAUCCUGAAGCAGGUCGGUCCAAAACCUCAGUGACUGUUGCUGCACCGAUAAGUUGUUUCUGAAUAAGCACUUUUUUAAAGGUUUUAAAUUCUAUUACAGAUUUUCAAACUUCUCCAAGCCCCUUUCACAGACAGCGGUGAUGGUCCCAUGCUGCGACUAGAGGAGCUUGGAGACCAGCGCCAUGCCCCUUUUAGACAUAUUUGCAGGCUUUGCUAUAGAGUGUUACGCCAUUCCCAGCAGGACUACAGGAAGAACCAGGUAGGUGGACAGGACGACUUCACUCUGACCCCUGACCUUACAGCAUUAUUUUUCUGUAAUUGUAUCCUUAUUCCUUGUUUUUGCAGGAAUACAUAGCCAAACAGUUCCGCUUCAUGCAAAAGCAGAUAGGGUACGAUGUGCUGGCCGAAGACACAAUAACAGCACUGCUCCACAACAACCGGAAGUUGUUGGAGAAACACAUCACCGCUGCAGAGAUAGACACAUUUGUCACGCUCGUGAGAAAGAACCGGGAGCCGAGGUGAGGCUUACAGGAAAAGGACAGGCCCAGACCGGUUUAUCAGAUUGGCAAAGACUUGGCAGCUCUGGCAUGAUGUAUUCAUAGCUUCUCAGAAAUGUAAACCUAUUCAGACGUAAGCAGAAGAGCUGUGGCGAAACGAGUCCGCAAAUUACCUGCAGUGCCAAGGAUAUGUGCUUGAGGCCUGUCAAACUGUGAUAAGUUUCAAUGUUUUGCAUUUGUACUUAGAUUCUUGGACUACCUCUCGGAUCUUUGUGUGUCCAUGCAAAAGUCCAUCCCUGUGACACAGGAGCUUAUCUGCAAUGCAGUCCUGGACCCCACCAAUGCCGACAUCCUUAUUGAAACCAAGUGAGCUUGUCAAACAAUGAGAUUAUUCCCGUAACCUGCACUGAGCACCUUGAAAACAUAUUUAUGUUCUUCACCAGACUGGUCCUGUCGAGGUUUGAGAUUGAGACGACAGCAAAUGGAGAGAGUCCGAUGGAGGCGGAGGAUGAGGAGGAGGUCUGGCUGUUCUGGAAGGACAACUGUAAGGACGUUCGGAGUAAGAGUGUCCGGGAGUUGGCCCAGGAUGCAAAGGAAGGCCAGAAGGAUGACCAGGAGGUGGUUAGCUACUACAGGUACAGUAACUUUUAUUACACUGUUAUAACAACACAAACACUAUUGAGAUCACAGUUAGGGUGACCAAACUUCCUCUUUUACCCGGAUACAACCUCAUUUUUGGGGGCUGUCCGGGGAAGUUUACAAAAUCCUUCAAACGUCUGCAGUUUUGUAUGUAAGUUUCGAUUUUAUGUUAUGUGGACUCACUGAGUUAGAAGUGCGUAAAAGACACUCAAUUUGACCCGAAAAACUCUUAAAAUUAACUUUGUGGGACCCCCACAUAGUCGUGUCCUCUUUUUGGGAAGUCAGAAUAUGGUCACCCUAAUCAUAAUGUCAUAGAUCAGCAGUAUUCAUAUUCCUGCCUCAAAUCAUAUUAUGUUACAUUAUAUUAUAUUAAUUAUAUAAGAGGAUUUUUUUCCUGCCUUAAAACUGCAGGAUUAAGAUUUGACUCUAAAAUUAUUCUUUUCCUCACAGGUGUCAGCUGAACCUCUUUGCAAGGAUGUGUCUGGACCGACAGUAUUUAGCCAUCAACAAGAUCUCUGGUCAGCUGGAUGUGGAUUUGAUCCUACGUUGUAUGUCAGAUGAAGACCUGCCCUUUGACCUGCGGGCGUCUUUCUGCCGUCUGAUGCUGCACAUGCAUGUAGACCGGGAUCCUCAGGAGCAGGUCACGCCUGUCAAAUACGCCCGUCUUUGGUCUGAGAUCCCUUCAAAGAUCUCAAUCGAUGAGUGAGUUCUUCUUGAGAAGACUUUGAGCGACCAGUGGAAAGAUAACACAGCAGCUCCCUUAUGUAUGAUGUUUCUUUCUCCUUAACCAGCUAUGACAACGAUGGAACCACCAGAGAUGAGAUUAAAGAGCGGUUCUGCCUCACAAUGGAUUUUGUGGAGAACUACCUGAGAGAGGUGGUGUCGCAAAACAUUCCAUUUUCUGACAAGGAGAAAAACAAGCUUACCUUUGAGGUAAACAUACUCGAUCUGUGGUGAUAACCAUGCAGAGCUAAGAUUUGCUGUAAUACAUCUAAAAGAAGGGUUCUCAUGUUUCUAUCUGUAGGUGGUGAACCUGGCGAGGAACCUCAUUUACUUUGGUUUCUACAACUUCAGUGACCUGCUUCGACUGACAAAGAUCUUACUGAACAUUUUAGACUGCGUCCAUGUCAGCACCAUUUACCCCAUCAACAAGAUUGAAAAGGGAGAGGAAAGCAAAGGUAAGCAAUGAGACACUCUGGAUGAAUUAACUCCACAUCAGUGCGGAAUCAUUUAUUGGGAAAUACUGAUUCUUUUAAAUACCAGUCAAAGUCAUAGGGCUGAUACAUACAGGAUCUGUAUUGAGUGCGUAACGUCAGCGUUGCGUAUCACGUAGCAAAUAGGUUGCCAUUCUAACCAAUGCAGCAUUGCAUACAGGGCGUGUAUCAGCUCAGCCGCAGCUCCGUAUCAGAAGCGUAUCGAGCGCAGCGCUACUAAAGAUCCGCGACGAGUCUAUUUUUGCUGCUCUACGCUUCCAAUAUGCAUCAAUCGAAACAGAGAAGAUCAUUUUAGACUGGAUGUCAAACACACAAACCGAGCAUGCCAUCCGGUAUUUCAAAAUAAAACACCAUAUGCGGACUCCCAACUGUGUAUCAGCUCGUGUAGAUGAGAAAUACUUCCUGGUUAUGGAUUUAUCAGUAACACAGAACAAUCCAAUGGUCAGUCCCUGAUCCAUGUGGACCCCAACAGGACUUUUAACUGCUAACUCUGUCUGAAGGUAACAGCACAGCAUAAAGGAACAUAGUUUACUUUAUGAAACACGAGUAAACCUGCAAAAACCGAAACUGUAAAAUCACGUUGCUUUGUUUUACAUAUAGUAGAGGCUCAACGGUCACUGAAUUAUAUCAAACUUUGCAGGAAAUAAACCACAGAGAGGUAAAACAAUCUGUUGUGAGCAUGUUGUUUCCUCUAGUCUAUACUGAGCCCAGCUGACCGGGGCUGCACUACACUCCUGCCAUGCUCCAAAAAUACCCAGGGCUGCUCUAUAGAGCAAAUACGGAACACGCUCAAUACGGAUCCUGUAUGUUUUCGGCUUUAGUUAUUUCACUGUAGCCUCUGAAGUCCAAAGAAAAUCAACUAAUUCUUAUCAUACGAUCUUCUGAAUGAUCACUGUUUUGACUUUCCAACAUGAACUAAAGCAGGCAGUAACGUCAUGAAGUCCAUUCAUGGAGUCGGGGAGUUGAUGACCCAGGUAGUGUUGCGAGGGGGGGGAUUGUUGCCCACCACACCAACUCAUCAGCCAGAGGGGGAUGUGGUCAAAACACAGAUUGAGCCAGAGAGAGAGGACAUCAUGGUCAUGGACACCAAGCUGAAGGUCAUAGAGAUUCUUCAGGUGAGCCAUCAGGACACUGGCGUCAUCGCUGUUGCAGUGUUGUCAUUCUUGUUAAUCCCUCAGCUGAUUUUCUCUUCCUGUAGUUCAUUUUGAAUGUACGGCUGGACUACAGGAUCUCCUGUCUGCUUUGCAUUUUCAAACGUGAGUUUGAUGAGAACAACCCACAAGGCGACAUCACGGCCAGCCAGAAUGGAGCUAAUAAUGUCUCGGGUCAGAUGCCAGGUACGACCAACCAUUGUUUUACUUUUUUACCGAGAGCACAUUUUAUUACAUGAGCUUGUUUCAGACCAUCUGUAAGUUUUUCUGGAGGAGCAUACAUACAAUUUCUUUAAAGUGCUGACUUGAACUUUUCAAAUCUUUAGGAAAUCUUGACUUUGAGAACAUUGAAGAACAGGCAGAGGGGAUUUUUGGAGGAAGGUAAUCCAUGGCUAGCUGGCCUUUCGGAAACUCUUUCCAAGCAGGAUAGACUGAUGUGAAUUUAAUGUAUUUUCUCUUCCAUUGAAUUUUAGUGAAGAAAACACUCCACUAGACCUGGAUGACCAUGGUGGUCGGACCUUCCUAAGAGUCCUGCUGCACCUGACCAUGCAUGAUUACCCCCCUCUGGUGUCUGGAGCACUCCACCUGCUCUUCAGACACUUCAGCCAGAGGCAGGAGGUUCUCAUGGCCUUCAAACAAGUAGGCAGCCACGCUUUCAACUUUGCAAAUAACUAAGAAAGAGCUUACUGCAGUGAAGAAAGCAAUGUUUAAAAUUAAAUAUAUGCUCUUUGUCAAACAUUAGGUCCAGUUACUGGUGACCAGUCAGGACGUGGAUAACUACAAGCAGAUCAAGUCAGAUCUGGACCAGCUGCGCUCUAUUGUUGAGAAAUCUGAACUUUGGGUUUAUAAGAGGCAGGGAGAAGAUGGGAUGGAUGGAGACGGACCAUCAGAGUCUGACAGCAAAAAGAAGGUACAUUGAAACAGACUUUUGCUCAACUUUUUAAACUUGAUUUCCAAGAGACCAUAUAAAAAUUGUUCAAAGACAUAUUUGCGUUUUUUGCUGCUUAUUUGAAGGGAGACUCACAUGGUUCAGAUAAGGACAAAACAGAAAGCACCAGCAGUUACAACUACAGAGUAGUAAAAGAGGUAAGAUCUUCUCGAUCCUUAUUUUCACAUUUGUGUUUAAAUGUUGAUGAUGCGUUUAUCGAAGUACCAUCUCUGCUGUGUGUGUGUGCAUGUGUUUAGAUCCUGAUCCGUCUCAGUAAGCUGUGUGUUCAGGAGGGAAGCUCAGGGAAGAAGAGUAGAAAACAGCAGCAGAGGCUGCUGAGGAACAUGGGAGCGCACAGUGUAGUGCUAGAGCUCCUCCAGAUACCCUAUGAGAAGGUAUGGCUCUUUAUGCAGACAGACGAUGAUACAGAAAAGCUUUUACAGAACUCGAGUUCACUAUGAAUUCAAAGUAGAGAGAGUCUAACUGUGCUUCAUUUCAAUCAGGGGGAGGAUGUCCGGAUGCAGGAGAUCAUGAAACUGGCCCAUGAGUUCCUGCAGAAUUUCUGCGCAGGGAAUCAACAGAACCAGGCCCUCCUCCAUAAGCACAUCAAUUUAUUUCUAAACCCAGGGGUGAGUAGUGCUUGAACGUCUCAUGUACACCUAAAACCUGAUUCCCUCAGCUGAUACAGGGCUCUAUCAAAAACCGUUUCUUUUAGCAUUGAAAAUCAUCAGGUUUUAUAAUAUGGCGUGUUUGUUCGUUCCUUAUCCAACCCCCUCAGAUCCUGGAGGCAGUCACUAUGCAGCACAUCUUCAUGAACAACUUUCAGCUGUGCAGUGAGAUCAAUGAACGCGUGGUUCAACACUUUGUCCACUGCACUGAGAGCCACGGUCGUCAUGUCCAGUACCUGAAGUUCCUACAGACUAUCGUGAAAGCGGAAAACAAGUUCAUCAAAAAGUGUCAAGACAUCGUCAUGGCUGAGGUUGGUUCUGGCUUUGAUAUCACCUACAACAAGAGGAGGGUCAUGAAAAGAAGCAGUGGGGGGUAAAAUCUUGUGAUAGAACCGAUCAUGUAAGAGUUGAAGUGUAAACAAUACUGACUGACAGAUAGACUGUAUUAAACAAGACUGCUCCCUCUGUUGGGACUCUUCUUCUUCACUCAGCUUGUGAACUCUGGUGAGGAUGUCCUGGUCUUCUACAACGAUCGCGCCUCAUUCCAGACCCUAGUUCAGAUGAUGCGUUCAGAGCGAGACCGUAUGGAUGAAAACAGUCCUCUCAUGUACCACAUCCAUCUGGUGGAGCUGCUGGCUGUGUGCACAGAGGGCAAAAACGUAUACACGGAGAUUAAGUGUAACUCUCUGCUGCCUCUGGAUGAUAUUGUUCGUGUUGUUACACACGAAGACUGCAUCCCUGAGGUAAGGAUCAUCAAUUCUGUUGACAACUUGACAAUUGUAUUUAAACUUACAUCUUCUUGAGUUUUUUAUGAUUUUUAAAGAGGGGGCGCAUGUGACCCCGAGGAACAUGUGUUGAGCCUACCUGGUUAUACUGAUUCACCUGGUUAGCUUUUGGUGCAGUCAGAGCGCAGCUGGUCAAGUGGUAACAAGGUAGACCAGCGAAGCAGUGCGCAAACGUCACUGAUGCCUCACAGGCAGCUUUCCACAGUGUCAGGCACAUUUCAGUGCAAUAAACAGGUAAUCAACAACAAGCACUAUUCAGUGGAACUAUCUGAGUCAGCACAUGCAUUUGGAUCUAUGUUGAUAUAUUCGGGUGUAUCUUAUCUGAUGAGCGCGUUUGGCACGUGUAUGGACACUCAACCUGAGCGAAUGAACACAGCUGAAACUGCACUAAAUUAAAUGUCCAAUAAAUAGUCACACAUGAUGAAAUGAACAAGUUAUUUAAUCUCUCUUCUUCCUCGCGCCCGGACACGGACACGUCUCUGAAUCCUCUUCCCAUCCUGCUGCUGCCAAGAGGAUUUAUUUCAGUGAUCAAAUUAGUAAUUUAUUUCAAAGAUUUGAGAAAAUCAGUUAAAGACACUUUCAUUCAAAUAACCAGUUUAUGUAAUGUUUGCUCAGCCUUAAAUUCUGUGAAUAGUCAAUCUGGAGUAAGGCCUACAUAUGAAUAUGAAAUAAGGAUUUAAAUUGUUUUUAUAGACUUUUGUUAGUCUUGUUCGUCCAAAGUUAUUCUUUGUUGUAAGUUGAUCUACAUUUCUUUCAUUUUUCUUUUUUGUAUCCUUUAAUGUUAAUAAGGAUACAAUGUUAUGCAGAGGUGUACUUAUAAUAAUACCAUUUAUAGUGUGUUUGUGUGUGUGUGUGUGUGUGUGUGUGUGUGUGUGUGUGUGUGUGUGUGUGUGUGUGUGUGUGUGUGUUCUGCGUAACAGAAAAAUAUUGACAAGCACUGCUCCAAUCUGACAGAAUAGACAGAAAAGCCAUUUCGUUCACUCGCUAUCCUCCGGUGCAAAUACUCUCACUUGUGUUUGCAGCUCCGUACAUUUUCCUCUCGAUUUGCACCCGAUGGUGGAGACGAGACUUGAGUCCUCUCUUGCUGUGCCUAGCUGUCCUUUGUGCUCUAAUUCAGACAGACUGGCUCAGAUGGAUGGAGAGCUGAAUGGAGAGGGGGAUACUCUUACCUCUCAGUGUAUUGUAAAGUCGAUUUACAACAGAUGUGAGAUUAAUUUCACUGUUUACGUAAUGCUCCUUCCCCAGAGUGAGCAAGCAAGGGCAGCUUUUCAAGAUAAAACCCACUCAUUUAUUGAUUUAACACUUAAUUAAAACAAUAAUAAAAUUUGAGUUUCUUAGUGUAAACUCAUAAAGUAGUCCAGAUAAAUCAACAAACAUAAUAACGCAACAGAUUUUUUCUGUUUUUACAAUAAUGCAGUUAAAACCAAGGCAUUAACAGGUCUUGCUUGCCAGAUUUGUAAGUUCAGAGUAGGUUUUUCGGAGCUAGUUCUCUAUUUAUCAACAGUUCACUCUUGUUUUAAAUGUUGCUUAAUUUUUCUUUUUUAUGUGUUUACCUUGUUUCUUUUACCCGUGUAGGUGAAGAUUGCUUAUAUCAACUUCCUGAACCACUGUUAUGUUGACACAGAGGUGGAAAUGAAGGAGAUUUAUACUUCGAACCACAUGUGGAAGCUAUUUGAGAACUUCCUGGUGGACAUUUGCAGGGUAAGCCUCUGUGCAGUUUGACCGCUUAAAAAUGAUACUGAGUGGUGUCUCAUCAUCAUAGCGACCGCUCUCCUGUUUGUUGUUAUAUCAUCAUGGGUCUGGGUGAUUAUGUCAACAGAGCAUGCGGUGCACAAACAGCAUGUUACCUGUCGCCCACAUGCAGGAAGCGUGAUCCAGUGGCUGUGCGUCAUGCUAACAUCUUUUCUGUCCGUACCUAGGUGUGCAACAAUACCAGUGACAGGAAACAUGCAGAUACCACCCUGGAGCGUUAUGUAACUGAGACAGUCAUGAGCAUUGUCACAUGUUUUUUCAGCUCGCCUUUCUCUGACCAGAGCACGAGCCUGCAGGUAAUUUUGACACAGAAAUAGAUUCUUUACCAAACCUGUUUUAAAGUCUACAAAUCAUAUCGUAUUUCCUUGAGUUCAGUUGUUUGACAGAGAAAAAAAAACCAUAGACAAUAAAUUAUGGUUCUCUCCUCUGCGUAUAGAUGGCACAUCAUAUGUAUGUAAGUAAAAGGCACUUUUCCCCAUGACAGUUUCCCAACACUUUGCUCAUCAGCAGUCCCCACAUGUUUUGAAGGGUCCCCCCUUGGGUGGGUUUGGCUGAUUUUAGCUAUGUCAGCAGACAGACUCUGUUGUUUUCUGGAUCUGUGGGUGUGUUGCACGAGGUUUUUCUCGGACACGGUGACAAUGAUGUUUACAAACAGCAUAGUUCCUUAUUUUUUUAGAUGUUAUUAGUGUGAUGUCUUGUUACCUAAUAACCAUGAGCGGCCCAGCUUAGAGUCUGCUGUACUCCUGACACAGUCACUUUGUGGUGUGGUAUCCUGUACUUCUGCCCGCUUGAAUUUCUCUUCCUCUUACGUAGAGAUGUUUAGUUGGCCACAGUAGUCAAAGUAGUAAACCUUUUUUUUUUUUUACAAACCUGAGAAUUCUGCUCGCUGAAGUUUUUUAAGAUUAACAGUGUCACUGAGGUCCUCUUUCUUUCAUAACAGGCCGCCAUACUUGGAAAAAUAACUGAGGUAUUUAUUGCACUCUAGGGGUGAGGCCAGCUCUUGGUGGUAGAUGUCGGUUAUAACCUAUGUAAAAAAAAGAAAAUAAAUGUUUUUAUGUUGGGACUGCACAUGACCGGCUGACUUACUGGACCCAAAGCUGUUGACCUUCCCACCAUAGGCUCAUUAGCUCCCUCUUAUUUAGAUAACCAGCACAAAUAUGGUUACUGUUUUUGAAUUAGUCUCUUUUAGUCUCUAUUUUAUAAACUAGAUUCUUAGUCACAGUUUAUUUCUUCCUCCUCCUCUGUCUCUGUAUGCACUUUUCCCUCUUUGGUAAUUCUUUUAAUGUGAUUAUAUUUCUUAUAAUUCACUCACUCUCUGUCUUACAGACUCGACAGCCAGUAUUUGUACAGCUACUCCAGGGAGUUUUCAGGGUGUACCACUGUAACUGGCUCAACCCUGUUCAGAAGGCCUCAGUGGAGGCUUGCAUUAAAGUGCUGUCAGACGUUGGUAAGACCUGCAGUCGACUUGAACAAUUAUUAGUCUGUGGCAGGAAGGAAGGCAUUGUAGCACAUGGGAAAAGCGCUCAGUAGAAACAUAAACCAUCUUUUUCUCCGCACAGCUAAAAGCAGAGCCAUCGCCAUCCCGGUGGACUUGGACAGUCAGGUGAACAACCUGUUUGUCAAGUCCAAUAAUGUUGUGCAGAAGAGCAUCCUCAGCUGGAGACUGUCUGCAAAGAACACUUCAAGACGAGACUCUGGACUGACAACCUGCAAAGACUACAGAAACAUAAUCGAAAGGCUGCAGGUGGGACGAAGACAAAGUCGACAUUUAAAUUGUUUUAAUGUGUCUCCCUUCAUUUUUGGAUACCAGUGUAUCUUCUGCCAGCUGUGCACAUAAAGCUGAAAAGUGGAGUUCAGGAAGUAGCGAUGCUUUCCUAAAGUAGGUUACUGACACAUCUGACAAUAAGAGGUUUUUUUACCUGCUGGUAAAGUAGUACCAUGACUCACAGAUGUGCCCUAAGUUGUUGCGUUGUUUUACACAUGAGUAACAUUUUGGAAUUUUGGAAAUGAUGUGGCCCAUUAGCGCCACCUAGAUGCACCUAGAAUUCACAUUCACCCCUCGGGACACUUUCCACCAAUGAUUACGACUGCCGGUUGUACGCCGAGGGUGAUGUAAUUGAUCAUUUAAUUGCAGUUCAUUUGGUAACUGCAAGGCGGACAAAAGUCUACAAGUGCUUCCUCGAUUUAUUGUGGCAUGUAGGGUCAUGUGCUAAAUAAAAAGGCCAACCGGCUCCACCCUAGUCCCUGGAUUGUAUGAUUCACUGUUUGAAUGAAGUUAGAUAACUCUGACCUGUUUUAUUUUAAAAAAAAAAAGUGUCUUCCAUUAAGCCAAAUUCAAAAAAACUGAUACUGGUUAAAAAAAACAAUUCACAGGUAUUUUUCAAACUCUUAUUCUUCUUGUUUUUUUGUAAUCCUCAUGUUGUUCUCACCUCCACAUAAAUCUUCAAUUCCAUCAUGUAUCAAACAGCCGCAGAACAGCAGGAUCAGGAGCUUACUACUCAGAGUGUGACUGUUGACCUUCAGCAGGACUUCAUGUUGACAGAGAUUUCCAUGUUCACCAUGAUGGAUGUCACUGUGCUUUGUAGGAUAUAGUAUCAGCACUUGAAGACCGUCUGAGGCCCCUGGUCCAAGCAGAGUUAUCAGUGUUGGUGGACGUCCUUCACCGUCCAGAGCUGCUCUUUCCUGAAAACACUGACGCUCGCAAGAAAUGUGAAAGUGGAGGAUUUAUAUCUAAGUAAGUCCAAGUUAAACUUUUACAUUUCUCAUUUGAUAACCUUUCAUAAUCAAACGGUACACACCAUUUUCGAUUCAUUAUUUAUGUUAAAAAAAUAGCAUUAGACAGUCUGAAGGCUAAGUCUGACACUCAGCAGGUAAUUUGGAUGCUUUUUUUCUGUCUCCACCACUGACCAGAUUGAUCAAACACACCAAGCAGCUGCUGGAGGAGAAUGAGGAGCGUCUGUGUAUUAAAGUGCUGCAGACUCUGAGGGAGAUGAUGACCAAAGACCGGGGGUAUGGGGAGAAGGUAUGCACUUUUUUUUUGUGGGGUUACCAUCAUCAGUUUGUGGUUGAGUACAUGAGACAAAACACAAAAACAGUGACCCUGUUUCGUCGCACCAAAGUUACCAAAAGGCAGAAAAACUGUUAUCUCCUUGGUGUCCUCUGAGUCUUUCCGGCAAGGGGAUCAUCUUCUUGUUCUGUUUUUGGCCCACUGGUUCAUAAAAGAUUCCCUUAUUGUUGGGUUAUACAUAACAUUAAUGAUACUAACAGCUUGCAUGACCUCAUUGUCACUCACUUCUUUAACACCUUUGUGAACUUGUCUGAACAUCUUCAGCGAAUCAAUGAAUGAAUCAAUGAAGUUUUGAUAUUGGUACGAAUACGGAAACUUAAAUCAUUAAAGGAGCAAAGAGAACAGAAAAGAACAUGAAAUACAACAUUAGUCAACUAUCAGUUAUUGUUUCAUAUCCCUCAUCCAAAUAAGAUUUUUGGAGCUCCUGAAGAUAACUUAACAGGUUACACGUUUGACUAACGUGACAUGCUGUGUGUAAGUGUAUGUGUGUGUGUGUGUGUGUGUGUGUUUGCUGUGGUAUUACCAAGCCUUGACUCACUAAUCAAGCUCGGCUAACCCUCUGCCCUGUAUGCUUUUUCUCUUUUUCCAGCUGAUUGCCUUUGAUGAUGAAAUGGAUGUGGCUGAGGUUGAUCAUUUUACUUACUACUAAAAUGUGCAUUUGAUUCGUCACAUAGUCGUGCUUGUUGUGCUGCAAGUAGACGUUUCCAGCCUUGCAUACUCAUCUAUGACACCUUUUGGUAGCUUGGUCCAUCCCUCGUUGUUGUAUGUGCGUGUGUGUGUGUGUGUGCGUGCGUGCGUGCGUGUAUGUGUUAGAGUUGCUCCUGAUCUCAUCGUUAAAAUGUAGCGCAUUUCUAGCAUGUCUAGUUCACAUUAUGCAAAGCGCUUGUCUGUUAUGCCUGGUGAAGAAUGUACUUCCCGUAUAAGAAAAAAGUGUAUUACUGCCAGUUUGUUGAACACAACUAUUUGGAAGUCUGCAACCACCAGUGUGUGCAGACUUUCAUGCAGCUGAGAUAAACAGUUUUAGGGCUUUGAAAUUUGGCAGUUUCUUUCUCUAACUCAAAUGAUCAGGAACCUUGUUCACUGUAACCUCUCUAGUCUGGACUAGGGAUGGGCGAUAAAUUAUUGUUCACGAUAUAUCUUCAAAAAAAUCCUCCAUGAUAAAUAUUUGCUAUCUCAUGAUAAAUAUGAUAAAUGCAAGUUGAUGAAAUAAGCGCAAGCAACGGACUCGCAGCCAUAGCCCACACAGAGCAGGAUAACAAACAAACAUGGCCGAAGGAAAUAAAGAAGACGUUUCUGAGCAGCUCGUUACUGAACGAGGCUCCACAUGAGGGAUUUCAUGAGGGACAGAUAGAAAAGCGCAAUCAGGUAUGCCAUUAGAUGUCAUUAGUUUUCUCCACAACCUAUCACUCAAACUUGUGGUUAAGUAUCUUAUUUUACUACUCCAACUGGUUUUCUCAAGACAAAAUAAGUCAAAAAUUUGACUAGAAUUCUAAUAUUUUUAUCGGGACUUUUAUCGUCAUCGCCGGAAUGGCAUAUCUUGUUGUGAUAAAUUUUUCAGCCCACAUCGCCCAUCCCUAGUCUGAACUAAUUCCCACGUCCCGUAAAGGAGUCUGAAACCCUCUUAGCGGUACCACCAAAUCUCUUUCAAUAGACAUGUUUUGGAAACAGCAGCUGGUCGGGUAUGAUGAUUGUCAUUCCUGCUGUAAUAAUGGGACAUUUUCUUGUGUCUUUUUUUCGGUCACUUAAUCGACGUGCCAUACAGCCUCUUAUGAUAGAUCGAGAGAUUUAUUUUAGCUCUGUGCAACAGCAGGUGUGAGUUUAUAUAUAGCAGCGGAUACUCUGACAGAUCGUUCAUAACACAGGGGCUGGACUACGGGCUGUGGUGUGAGUGUCAUGCCUGCGUGUCAAAAAAAGUAUUUUUGUGGUCAUGACCUGUGACCUUAAGGAGGUGGAGGAGCAAGUUUCUCCUUUUUGUUUGUGAUAAUGAGUGGUCACGGGAAUUGUGGGUGUGACUGUGACUACAGGGGAAAGAUAUCUCACAUGUCAAUGUGGUGACUAAUAUCAUAAGAUGAGACCUAUCCCACACUGAUCUAUUUAGCGUUUGUAGGGGAUUUUGUUUACAUGGCAUUCAGUUGAGAUGUUGUUUUGUUCUGGCUUAAUUUUCCCUGGGGGAGGAGGAGGGGGGUAUUUUGAGAGCUUAUUAAUACGAUCUUAUCUUUUUUAGAUAUGAAACCAAUUUAUUUUUAACUCUCAGAAGUCCUGGAAAGAAAUCUGUCGCAUUUGAAAAGCCAGCGAGUUUUUUUUUCUGAAGUUGAAACUCAAACUUCUUACCGGCUUUCUCAUUAGCUGUAAUGAUAUUGUAGCACCUUCUUAAAUAUUUUGUCACCUUUGACAUGUGAAGUACUGGUAAAGGAGGGGAUGAAGUCGCAGCAUUAACUGGGCAAAUCUGUGCAAUCACCGUCAGCCAAUGAGAAUCUCUUAACCUUAGAUUUUCUUUGUUUUGGGGACAUUUUCAGAUUCUAUUUUGCAAUUUGGUUUCACAUUAACUUUUUGGUAUCACUUUACUUAAUGCCUAUCUCUUUAACUCAUUGUAAAUAUAUGUAUAAUGCGUUAUAAUCAUGUUAUAGCACUGUAUAACUGUAGUUAUCAACACUCAUAAAUUAUCAUAAUGCUUUAUCGCAAUAAUCAUAACACAUUAUCUAUGUGUGCAUUGUCAGUGAGUUGUUAACAGUUAUAACACAUUAUAAUACCUGACCUUCUUUAUAAUGCAAUGAUUAUUGCUAUAAAGCAUUAUGAUCAUUUAUGAGUGUCUAUAACUAUACUUAUACAGUGCUAUAAAGUGAUUAUUACGCAAUAUACAUAUAUUUAUAAAGUGUUUCCAAAUUUAUUUCCUAGAACAUUAUUCAAUUACUUUAAAAGCAGAAGAAUUUUAUUGAAGAAAAGUCCCAAGGAGUGAAAAGUGAAGCAAUAACUAAUCAGCGGUCAGGAUUACAUGGGAAGUGAACAGUGAUGUUGGUUGGAGAAACUGAGUGGUUGUUGAAAAGGGUCUUUCCAGUGUUGCUAGGAAGCGACACACACUGAAUUUGUCUGUUAUGUCUUUUAUUUUAACUCCUUCGCUCACUCUUAAUAUAUUCUUCCUGGUACUGUAGAGAUGGAAAUCCCCGACUUCCACGAAAUCAGCGCUGUCUCCACAGACAAAGGCUUUGUUCCAACUCCUCCCAAAUGCAUCUUAAGAAUGUACAUAUACUCCCUCACCCAGACAGCACAUGCUGUUUGCCACUCAUUCACUCACACACACUCCCGUUUUAAACAGCACACAGUGCCCUGAGUGUUGGCUGGCAGCAUGUGCAUGCACAAGAUUCAGAUGGGAGACAGGCAGACCAAAACCCGAACUUCCUCUCAGCAGCAGCAAGAUAAACUGCCAUGAUUAUGUAACCCCCAGUAUUUAGCCUGCUGCUGCUCUCUGACCCACACUGCACCUCCCUCCUUGCAGCUGUCAGUUUCACUGCUGUUUGACAAACCCCACCAUACACCUAGUUGUUGCAUAGCCAACUUUUGAGAUAGUGCGUGUGUGUACUUUUGUACUUCGGUCAUGUUUACAGGGAUGAUGAGAGAACAGAAUGAAGCAGUGUGGUGGUCCCCCUGUUUUUAUAAGAGGUUGUCUCACUCCUCCAAAAAUAAAAACAGGAUGAAAUAUGAGCCAGAGGAAAACGAGACACGACCAGAACUGACAGCCUGAUAGUCAGACCUGAUCAUGCCACCCCCUUCUAUUUAUUUAUGUUUAUUACUUCUUAAUAUGACUGUGAUCGUCUUUGUUGGAGAGAUCGUGAGGGGUCAGAGAGGUCAGUUGGAGAGGAUGCCUCCGUCUUAUUCUAGUGAUGUAACGUGGUUUGCUGAGGAUGGUGCUGAGCAGUGAGCACGUAUCCCAUACAUGUUGUCAGGGUUAUAUAAGAGACUAUUUCUUUGCCAGUGCGGUGGUCCUUGUGUGUAGUGUUGUGAGAUUAUGGAUCUUGGAUCACAUUCUGUCUGUGUUUGUGUCAACAAGUCCACAACAUAUAUAUAUGUACGAAUGAAUCACCAGUUGUUUAGCUAUACCAGAUCACACUUUUUCUGGCCACUUCCCUGUUGAUACUUUGGAAAUAUUUAGUUCUGUCCACCCACUUCCAUUUUCACAGCCAUGCUUUUCUUCAACACUCACUGGUCUCCUUCUGAAACUUUGCCAGCGUACAACUCAUCCAGCUGCCACUCCCAUCACUAACUCUGCCAAACUGCUUUGGAUCGACUCUCCUCGACCUUCCGACUCAGUCAGGAGAGACACUGGGCUGUUUUUUUCUCGAUCAACAGGGGGCACUGCAGGCAUUCUUCAGUAACACACACACACACACCACUGUCCCAGUUUCCUUAACUUAAUGCUGCACGAUUCUUGGGCUCCAGCCAGCCCUGAGGAAGCAGUUACAUAAGAACAAGCAAUUUCUCUUCUUUUUUUUUUCUUCACAUUUUUCCUGGUAUUUCAAACCCUCAGCUGAUGUGUGACCUUCAGGGGUAAUUAGCAAUAAAAGUUUAUCAGGGAUCUCUUUCAGGAGACAGCAGUGGUGGUGUAACUUGAUCCCAGAGACCAGGUCAGAUAAAAGUUCUGGUAUCAUUAAGUUAUUGUGAUUUUUUUUUUUUAAAGCUGAUGAGCUGCCAGUUUUAUUUAAGCAAGUUAAGGUAAAGAAAUUGGUCAGUGUGCUGGGCUGUUCGGGGACAUAAGUGAAGAAUUUUUGUUAUGAUAUGGUGAACAAAAGGAUGGCCUGACUGCAGGUGGCAGGAAUAACACAGUCUUCCACCUCUCUAAGAAUAAAAUCAAACUUAGUUUCCCUUCUGUGCAAACACCCUGAUUCUUGUUAGUCUAGAAAUGAUAAUGUGUAAGUUUGAAAAUGUGGAGCAUAAAAAGUGAAACUGAUUUUGAAAUCGAUAAACUAAUGGAUGUUUUUUAUUUGCUGGAGAACUUUUGACAAAGUUAAGACUUUUUCUUUUUAACUAAGGAGUUGCACAAGUGAUGCAUCACCAUUUUUCUGUGGAAAGCAAUUUGUUGACGUACAAGGGGGCUCGAGGGAGGGAAAUUCCAUACUAGUUGCACAAUUAAUCAGAGUAAACCACCGUGACUUGCUCACAGAGGGAGUAAUAUGCCUUUUUUUGGGGUUGCCUGACUUUUUACAAUGAAUUUUACAUUAACUGCCAUCUCUGCAUUCGUACGUGAGAGUGAACACGUAAAAGGUAUCAAUAAAAUCUUCUGCGGUCUGAAUGGGGUCAGUACCCGUAAACAGUUGGAAACGAAUGCUUACAUGCCCUGAAGGAUAUCAAAAAAUUGUCUGAGUGCCGGUUUGAACUCACUUGUUGGAUUGAAUGCCUCAGGAGUUCUAGACGUCAAGGUACACAGCCUCGGUACAAAUCUGACUUGCAGUCCUUUGCCGUAUGUUACUCUUUGGUGUCUCGUACCAGUUUCCUGCUCUCUCUCUUCCCUGCAAACGCACGAAAAAAAAAGCCCAAAACUGUUCCUGUAUUUUUAAAUCUUAAUGUUUUAAGUGAGAAAAAAAUUAUGUUCCAUAAACUUAAGUGUGAUUGGGAUUAUUUAGAGCCCCUUUUGUCCUUGUAUUUAUUCAUUUAUUUAUUUAUUUAACCUUUUUUUUUUUAAAUUCUCAAUGAUCAUUGAGGUUUCCCUUAUUUACAAUGAUGUUGAGAUACAACAGAAACACAUUUAGAACAAAUUAACAAGUGAGACAAUAAGGCACAAUCACUGAAAACAAUUACAUGUGGUGAAAUUAUUUGCAUCAUCUUGAAUUUGCCAAAAGAACUAAUGUAUUCAUCCUCAGAUUUUGUUGUAGGUUGUUCCACAUCAUAUAGGAGCACAGUAACUGAACGCAGAUUUACCCAAUUCAGUGUAAACUCUUGGGACCUGCAGCAUCAAGCAGACAGUGGAUGGAGUACUGUAAUGUCCGGUGGUCCAGUUUAGCAUCGAUGUUAUAUAUUUCUGUGUAUGUCCAAUUAAGGACUUACAGAUAAAAACAUACAAGUGUUUAUCACGUCUUUGUGCCAGAGAAGUCGAAUCAACUUUGUCAUACAGAGUACAGUGAUGAGUGUCGAAACGAUCACCAGUUAUGAACCGAAGAGCAGAGUGAUAAACAGAACCUAGAGGUAUUUAACUAUGUUUAAUGCUAAAGUAAACAAAAACCACCACUACUACUCAUAUCUCUGCUUCUCCUUUUACUUCUACAGCCUCUGUUACUUCUACUACCAUGACUACACAUACUAUCCUUUAACUACUACAGCUUGUACUACUUGAAAACUUAUCUGCCACUAUUUGCAACACCAACCUACAAACUUAAAUAUCACAACUUAGUUUUUUUCUGCCCAGCCCCAUUUAUUCUUAGUCUGAAAAAUUGAAUACAUGUUACAUUACAUGAAUACAUGUGAUACAUGUUUGGGUUUUUGUGACAACCAGCACAAACAGUCUGCAGUCUACAGUCAUGUUUCUGUCUUUACUGUCAGUGAACCAUAGAAAGCUCAACACACUACAGUGCAACAAUGAAGCCAUAGGUCUACAGUUUUGAGGAUGCAAAGCAACUUUUAAGAUAUUUUUUUGUACAUAUUUUCUGCUUUGCUGUUUACCAAUCAUGCAGUGUCUGUGUACCGUCAUAAAAACACAUAAUAUUCACAAAGGCAAGUCAUAAUACACUAAAAAAAUUAACACACAGGAAUUGUUAAUCAGCAUGUUCUCAGAGAAGAACAUGAAGAACGUCUGAUUUUUUUCCUGCCCAUGCCGCUUGAAAUCAUGUGACCUAACUUCUCAGUAUAGAAAUAGAUGAUGUAGCAAGUGGCAGCAUCUAGGAGUGUGAGGAUAGUUGGGUUGCAGUGUUAGUGAGCGUGCUGCUCUUUGGAGGCAGUAGAAACAUAACUAAUUAAACAUCCUCAAACUUUGACUAACAUCAUCCUUUUAUUUCCAAUCAGCUGGCACCUCCGCCUGAGCCUGAAGUCCCCGCAGAGGUGUGUUUAAGACCCAUAUUGCCUCGCUGCCUGCCCAUAUGGGUCACUGCUGAUCAAAGAUCAUCUACCAUAUACUAAUUUCACCCCAUCACACUUCUCCUCAGUGCUAAAUAUCUUUUUAUUUAUGUAGAUGAGAGCCAAAGUUCACCCAUGUUAGACUUAAAACAACACUGAAAAUCAGCUGCUGUAUGUGCGUGUCUCUCCUGCUUAGUUUGUGGGCAAAGUCCAGUUUCAUGACCUUCUUUCAGUGGGAAUAGGGGAUGGGGGUUAUUGUGAGUGAGGUUUUUUUUCCAUGCCAGAUUGGUGCUCUCAGUGUGUGUCAGUAGCUCACGGCUACAUUAUGCAUUAUGUAACCUGGACAGAACUUUUUUUCCCCUCAUGGUUUGUGUUACUUCCCCUCCAGCAGCUUGUCAUUCUCUUAUGUAAAUAAUGUGUGCUCCUUUUGCCUCUGUGACUGUUUAAUGAGGGAGCCACCACAUGCCCAGGAAGAGGACAUUUGAAGUGUCACAUGCUGUGUCACACAUGAGUUUUUAUAAGUGGAAGAAAACAAAAUGAAAUCAAAGAUUUGGCUUUUUUUUAUUUUAAAGUAGCCUGAUCCUGAAAAAAUAUGAUGCUCCGAGUAAAUCUGCUCUUUUAUGCAUGAAGUCUUGCAUGACUCUGAAUGAACCCUGACAUAGACUGUAUAUAGAAUGGACAGCAUCUGCCUCCUUGUUGGGUGAAGCCACUCCGAGAGCAGCGCCCUCUGUUGAUGGGCUGCAGUAUAGGUCAUAAAUCCCGCCUCCGCCAGCAAAGCUUAUAGGACUGUGGACAAAAAUUUCUUGCACAGAACAUAAAUUUUUCUCCCCCCUGCUUGGGGUGUUGACAUGUAGUUACUGUCAGACUGGUUUGUGCUCAAGUCCUUUUUUUCUGUGAAGCUCCAUUUAUAAAAGUUAUAAAGGGUUUUUCUAUGAUUGACACCUGAUACAGCCUAUUGGUAUUCAGGGAUUGCGUAGCUUACCCGGGGGAUACGCUGUUUGAGCCGAGCGUCAUCACAGCGACUCUCAGCGACUCUCUCACCGAAUGCGCACAACACUACUGCGCAGCGCUGGUUUCAGGAAAUGAAGAAAAAUCUCUGAAAUACCGAGAGCUUUUUGGCUUCAAAUCUGUAUACAGGCGGUAUUGUCCAUAGUAUAUACAGUCUAUGACCCUGACACAACCACCUCCCCUUUAAUUGCAUGAUCUUAUUUGCACCCAGUUUUUGCAUGCUAGUGAAAUGACUAAUUUUCACCGUAUAACCCCUAAUUUCUUUUCCAAUUUUCCUUUCCAACUUUUUUUAUAUUAUUAUUAUUAUUUUUUGUUGCUUUCUGCUUACUCACCUCACCUUUAAGGAGCUUGAUCCCAACCAGCCACAGAAGCAACUGGAGGAUCAAAGGAGGGUAGGUACUGAGUUUGGUUUGUUGUGGUCUCAUCCAGGAAAACAUGAUAUCGAUGCUUGACUUCCGACAGAUGGUUUUAAUGCCUUCACAGUCACUCUGCUCUCACAGCAUGGCACUCACUUUCUUCCCUGUCAGUUUUACGAUCUGUGAAGCAUAUCAGUGGAUGGACACAAACUUUGAGUGUUCAUCUUUUCUUCAACAGCAUGUUAGACCUAGAGGGACCACUUAGGGGACUCGCUACAAUGAUUUACACCAAACCAAUAUGACAAAAUGUUGAAUGUCAACAUAUGUGUGGACCCGAAAGUGCACAUAUAUUUUCAAUUAACUCUUAAAAGGACAUGAUCUGGAAUCACAGAUGUAUUCAUUUAACAGCCUUUUUCCCCACAGAAGAUGAAUUUGUCCAGGCAAGCUUACCAACACCCAUUUUCACUAACAGGGUGAAGCGCUGCGGCAGAUCCUGGUCAAUAGAUACUACGGGAACAUCAAACCAGGCCAGAGGAGAGAGAGCCUAACACCCUUCAGCAAUGGUCCACUGACGCCUGGAGCUCAGGGAAAAUCACCUACAGGUGUGUGUGUAACUAAACAGCAUCAGAGUUCAUAUGGUUAUGCUCAUAAAGAUAAGAUACCUGAAUGAAAUGACAUUGGGAAACUGGGUCAGUACAACAGGGUUUUAUUGCACAGCAUAACAACUGAAAUAAAGCAUUAAAAUAGUUGAUAGCUGCAGACUGCUUUACUGUAAUAAGGAAAGUAAUUUUGUGGUCUUGUCAUUUUGACAUUUGCUUAUUGGCGUGUGAAAGAUUAUCAGCUGAUUAGGGCUGGUUUCAGGGUCUGUACCGUAGGCUGAGCUUGACUUUAACCUUCCUCCCAUGUUAGCUUUCACAUCACACCCACUUUGUUAACAGGUUGGAUUCCACCCGUGUCUUAAUCAGCUGCAAAUUAAACAAAAAACAAUUGUCUAUCAUCCACUUAAGUUCUCAUCUCUAUGUUAUCUUAAUUAUUAAUGAAAAUAUCGCUUAUAAUAUUUAUUGUUGUGGGCCUCUAGGCAUUUCUUAGUCAGUUUUCCCGUCAUACAGACAUCUAUACUAAAUUGAUCUCACAUGUCUGGACAUGUCCGACGUUGUUUUUUGCACAGGAAAAAACAGGCAAAAUGAAAAUUUCCUAAAUCUCACAUAAUUGGGAGAGGAUCUGCCUGUCAGUGUGGUGCCUGACAGUGCACAUAUAAGUUCAGUUUUUGCUCUAAUUAUUGCUUUUUUAUCUAACCGGGUCAACAGCGACCCUAUCACGACAAGUGCCAAAAUUUCUACUGGAGCAUUUCAUCAUUUAGUGAAUUAAUUUUUUUUUUUUUAAUUGUGUUGAAAAAGAGGUUUCUGUCAAAGUCAAAAAGUCAUAAUCAUAUACUGUUUAUAGAAUGGACAGCAUCUGCCUCCUCGCUGGGUGAAGGCACUCCGAGAACAGCACCCUCUGUUGACGGGCUGCAGUAUAAGUCAUAAAACCUGCCUCCGCCAGCAAAGCUUAUGGAGCUGUGGACAAACUUUAGAAAUUUAUUACACAGGAUAUACAUUUUUCUCCCCCCUGCUUGUGAUGUUGACAUGUAGUUAUUGUAAGACCUACGGGCGUUCAGGGAUUGCGUAGCUCUCCCGGGGAUACGCUGUUUGAGCCGAGCGUCAUCACAGCGACUCUUGGUGACUGUGCGGCCAAAUGCGCGCAUCGCUACUGCGCAGGGCUGGUUUUAGGAAAUAAAGAAAGAUCCUGGAAAUACUGAGAGCUUUUUGGCUUCAAAUCUGUAUACAGGCGGGAGGUGGAACCAAGUUGUCCAUAGUAUAUACAGUCUACGGUCAUAAUGCAAUGUUGUAUCUGGUCUGUCCGUGACGUGUAGAUGCAGAAGGAGGCUUUGUGACACUGUCUCGCUUGUAUAAGAGGAGUUUAUUAUAAAGACAACACCAGUAUCAGAACAGCACCGCGGACGCCAAUGAUGUCCAGCUCUCCCAAACCUGAGUUUGUGAUCUUGUUAUAUAGGGUUAGAGGUUUUAGGUCCUCCUACAUCCUCUGUUUAUCUUUGAGUUAUAUUUCUUUACCAGCUGCUUUACGCCUAUCUGACCUGCGACCUGCAAACCCCCAACAGCUAGGAUGUCUGGACCAGGUACCAUAAAAGAGACCCAAUGCCCACACUUCACCAUUUGCUUAGCUCAGGCUAUCCCUGGGAAAGGCUUUGACAUGCUGCAUGCUAGUGCUGUACUUCAGAUACAACAGCAAAAAAACAAAAAAAUGUGGUUCUUUGACGCAUUUAAAAACAAAAACGGGUCGGUGAAAACCCUAACACAGGAGGAGGGUUAAAUCAAACAGAAAUCAACCCUGUUUGUCUUUGUUUGAACCUAGUCUAUCAGGCGAUUUGAUCAUUUGUUAUAAGCAGUGUUAGUGUUUCAUGCUGCAACUUUAAUACAGUAACUACACAGAUUACCAAGAGAAGCUAUCCUUGCUUAUGUAACUGACUGUUUCAACUCAGUCACAGAUAAAAAACUUUCAAUCAUCCACCUACUGCACAGUGCUCAUCCACAGAAGUAUACACACAACACAAGUGCAUCGGUUUCACAGUAAGACAUCUAACACAAGGUCAUCGAUACGUACAGAGACAGCUGUUUUCUCUCUGAUCCCAGUGAGGAAAAAAAGAAGGAUCAUAUUCACAGUCAUGGCUUUGUACUUGUUCAAGUCCUCGCAGACUUAUGCUCUGCUACUGAGCAUACUGCGAGCCGUGUUGUUGCCAGGUGACCACACAACCAAGCGUCGUCUAGAAUGGGAUGUGUUGUUGAUUCAGUGGCUCGCCCAGCCAGAGAUGGCUCUGAUGGGUGCUGUUAUCUCAGCCUGACUCGUCAUAGUAGCCAGCAGCAACAGCAGGAACUAAAGUACCUCCUCAGAUACAGACACAUCUGGUGCUCUGUGGCAGAGUAGGUGGAAGAGACAACUGUGGCUCAUCACAAACUUCUUUAAUCGAUUUUAUUAGAUUCAUAAACUGGCCAAAUAUCAAAUUUGUGUGAAUUGUUUUGGUUCAUUUGUUGUUUAAGAUGAAUAUUGUUUAUAAUAUAUAUCAGUAAGCUGCAUAACUGUUCAGUAUCCACCUCUAUAAGCCUAUCUUGGCAUGUGAAGCUAAAUGUCUGUGUUUAGACUUUUAUUUAUUUGUGUUAUUAUAUAGCUAUGGCUAAAAGUAAGGGGAUCCAAGUUGAUUUGAAUGUAGCAACACAGGGUAGAAUACUUGAAGUGUUAUAUUAUGCAACCUGUCUUGGCGUAUAAAACAUCAAUAUGAAUGCAGACAAUAAUUCCCGACAUCUGUGACCGUAGUGGUCAGCUCCGGGGUGGGAGGUCGAGGAGAGCUGAGUUUGGCGGAGGUCCAGUGCCACUUGGAUAAAGAAGGAGCUUCCGAUCUGGUCAUCGACCUCAUCAUGAAUGCAACCAGCGACCGGAUUUUCCAGGAGAGCAUACUUCUGGCCAUUGCACUGCUGGAGGGUGGAAACACAGUCAUACAGGUAACUAGGGGUGACCGGGUUCAGACAUAUUACGUGGUACGAAGAGCCAAGGAGGCUGGGUGUGAAGUGAGGUAGACAGCCUGUGAAUAAAUGUGAGUGGGAGCAUGAGCAUGAAUCUAAACAAGCCAAAGUUGUCCCAAGGGUUAAAGUUGUAGCGUGAGUAGCUUAACUUAGUGGCCUCUAUCUUUUUCAUAAGAAAAAUGUAAAGGUACAUGGUCUGACCUUUUAAGACGAGGAAAAGCUUAUUUUUCAGUAACCAGGGCAGUUUAUGGGGGACAAGUCCUGCAGGAAGCUGCCCGGCAUGUUUGAACCUGUUGACAUUUUGAGUUGUAUAGAAAGGGAAAGUGUGUUUCAAGUAUGCCAGCGGAAGAGAAAGGUAAAAUAGAGAAGAGGACAGCCUGCUGCCCGAGGUCAAAGCCAAACACAUCAUAACCUCUCAUAUCCAGACAGAAGGUUGCCAAGGCAACUCUGCAAACCUCCCAGGAAGGUUGAGGAGGGACAAAGCUUCUGCAUCAUUUCAGCUCUGCUUUGUGGUUUGUGUGUGUGCGUGCGUGCAUGCGUGCGUGUGUGUGCGCGCAUCCUUGCUUGUACAACAGUAUUUGCGUGCAUGCAUUAAGAACACCACUUGUAAGCUGUAAAUCUCUUUAUUCCAGUUUUGGGUUUGUGUAUGGAGGCUCUUGUGUGCCAUCUUGCAUAAACAGAUCCAUUGCAUAACAGGCUCUUAUUUACAUGGUGUCGUUACAAAGGGUGAAAUCUGAGAUAUGCUGAUUCCCACAGCUUGAUAAAGAGACAAUCCUGGAUUAACAAGAUCCUCAGUUAAUAAAUGUAAAGGGGUUUAUAAAAUUCAAACACAAUGCACUAUAAAGCAUAAAAUUCAUGAUGCAUGAAAAGCUACAUUUUGCUACCUGGUCAUUGUUAAGAUCUCUCUGAAAAGGAAAACACACAAUGUGCAGCUUUUUUUUUUAAAGUAGUAUACAGCAAUAGUUUGGAAGCAUUUUACUAAAUUGUGUUAGCUAGAAUAGUGAUAUUUAUAUAUUUAUUUAAAUGGAAUGACCAAGAUCACAUUUUUGCUCAAAAAACAAAAUGGUUUGUUUAUUACCUGUUGUAUGACACGUAUACCCUUUGCCCAUACCUGGGAUAAAGGGUCUCAUUCAUCCAUUAGUGGAAAACAACCUUUUAACUCCAACAUCAGCCAAGAGAAAGUGUCAAUCAUCAAAUGGUGUACAAGUAAAGAUUUUGAGAAAUUAAAUAAGAGACGCACUGGAAGAAACUUCUGGUAUAUUCAGUGUGCUGGGACUCAGAGAUCCUUAUUUGCUUGAGCAAUUUCCACAUCAGUCAUAAUCAUUCUCUCAUACAAAUCAACUUUUCCUCCAGCCUUGCCCAGCAGGGCCUGACCUCCCUGUGUGUACACAAAGGAAGUCGCAUGACUCCUGUUACAUAAACUGCUGCUGCUUUCUUCCUGGGUGAAUAUUGCCCUGAGCCCUGGGCCUCCCAACAUUCCAGCUGGACUCUUAACUGGGUCAUGUUUUACUCCUGAAAAAGGGGGCAGUAAGAGGCAUAACCUCUCACAUGAGUCCCAGGAGGAUCAUAGAAUUUCGAUCAGCCUGUACCAUUACCUGAGGAAGAGCCACUCCUCUUUUUGAACAGAUCAGCUCAGCUGAAUUGUGGGCUUGAUGUUUAUUCCAUUUGCUGUGUGACCUUUUUAAGGUCAGGGUCUGAUGAAGAAGCUCAGGGUCUCCUGCUGAAAGCGGCCUGUGGCUUACAUGUGGAACAGAUUCUGGAACUAAGUGGAUUGAUUAGUGGACCAAGAACUAUUUGUUGUUGGUGAAUCAAAGCCUUUUUUACCAUCCAGAAUUACUGGCAUAAAUAACAGGGAUUUCUUGACUUUCUUUUUUCACUUAUUCAACAGCAAGGCUUUUUCUUUUUUCCAUUUUCUGGUGAACUCAUGAAGUGGAACCAUUUCUUGGUAAAAACAAUGGCAACCAUAUAGAAGCUUCUUGUUUAAGAAUCUAAGUUUGAAGUUUAUUCCUGUAUGGCCUGAUACAGGAACAAGUAGGCCCUGUUGAAAGAUCAUGCACGGUUUAGAGUGAAUUCACAGCUUAUCAGCAGAUGCACCACAUUUCCCUGUCUUAUAUAACUAUGGUUGCCAGCCCUCUUUUCAGGACAGAAGGGCUCCUGUUGUCUAAAUGAAAAACAGGACAAAAACAUGCCCAGAGAUUUUCCAAGGACUCGGUUUGUUUUGAGGUAAUCCAGGGUCGUAACCCAGCCAACAACAUUUCUUAGAAAAAACAAGUAGUUAGGUGCAGAGCUGUUCGUAGCUUUUGGGUUGUAAUAAGCCUGGCCUAGUGCCCUGUGCUAACUGGACAUCAUAUGAGUGUUGAGGGAGAAGGUAAGAGUGUAAAGGCGAAAAGAGAAGAGAAAAAAGAAGGAAUAGGUCAGGAAAUAUUCUUACUGCCCUUUUCUGCCUCUUCUUCUCAAUGGUUUGGAGUUAAUCUCGUGAAACAGACACCACUAUCCCCUCUCUAAGGAGCUUAUCUGCUGGCCAAAGUUCGUAUACUUACUUGGCUCUGAUGCCACACUGUAUGUGUAAAGAAUAGUAAAGACUCAUGAACUAAACUGCAGGAUUUGUCCUGUCAUUUAAGCCUUAUAAUGUGAUUUCUUCUGAUGUUUGGUUGCAUUCCUAUUGUUACAGUAUUGAUAGCAGAGCUGAUAACAGUCAUUUACUUCAACUGUUUAUGAGUAAAGGCCAGAAAGAGUUUAAGAGACUAAAACCUAAAACUAAACCAUAUGAGCAUUCCUGUCCCUGUAGAUUUAUGAACACUUUACAAAAAUCAAAAAUGAUGUUACAGAUAAGUGACACACAUUCAUUACUUGAGUUGGAGUAUGGAUCAAAUAUAAUUCUAGGUCAGACGUGGGCAUUUUACGGCCCAAGGGCCACAUCUGGCCCUUUGGAUGUCCCUGCCCAACCCUUUGUGAGGUCUGUCAAUCAAUUCAUCAUGCCUCUGAGUCGUGGGCUGUCUCCGCCCACGACUCAGAGGCGAAUUGCUAAUGGUCUACUGGAGCUCUGCAGGAGAAAAACCCUUCAAAAUGACACAGGUAACGCGAUUUUUGGUAAAAACUUCGUAAUCACAAUUUAAAGAUCACUGAGAACACUUUGAAUAGUAAAAAAAAAAAAUACAAUCAAGUGGGACCUUAAAGUAGUCUGGUGCUCUCUUAAUAGAUUUAAAAAGAUCUUGGCACAGUCAUUGUUUGUGACUGAUCUUUUAUCGUCUGGCCAUGACUGGUCAGACGGGGGAUUCUCACCCGACUUUGCUGUAGCCAUCACUACGGCUCCUAAAUAAACUGAAGGAUGCCUGCACAAGUACAGUAAGAGCACUUGGACAAACCACAUGAAGAACUGCACAAACACAGUGGAUUACUUCUGAGUAGAAGUAAAGACCAACAAAAAACAUUCAUAGAAAUGUAGUCACUGCAGUAACUCCCUUCUAUCCACCAUGGCUUCUGAUGUGCUUGAUCUGUUCAGUCCCCAGCUGAUCAUGCUGAAGGUGCCACACGCUGAAAAUAAACCUUUGGUUGAUCUGUCAUAUCUAAUAUCUGAAAUACAAGACUUGUAAGCUAACCCUUAAACCUUCAGUGUGCACAUCAUUCUUGUUUGAUCAUUUUCUUUUGUCAAGUAAUAACAAAAUCCCUAAUAACUUUGAUAACAUCGUGCAAUCCUACCAAAAUGUCAGAAGUCAGGAACCUUUCGGUGCCUGGGUUGUUCAGUUCACAGCAAUGACCAACUUUGCACAGAAACUGUAUUCGAGCAGAGGUCAACACCCUUGCAGUCUCAUCUAUGCAUCCUAUUAGCACAUGCACAAGCACACAGCCACACUCCUGGAUAUCCUUCAAGGCGAGAAAACGUCCCAGAGAGAGUGUAUGUGUAUGUUAUGUAAGAAAAGAAGUGUCAAAGCUCUGCUCCCUGCAGCCUCCCAUCCAUCUACUCAUCGCCGUCUGCAUGACCUCAGAUCUGUAACUGUCACAGGAGCAAACAGGUGCCACCACUCUUACUCAACAGGCUUGUUGUGGCACGCUGCUACCCUCAGCCCCUUCCAAACAUGAUUUACUCCCUCCACCUCUGCUUAGCUCAGGUUCACUUUACAGCCAUCUCUUGGAAGGCUUUAAAAAGCCUCUGCAAAGUGAGUUUCCAGGCAUCAGUGUCAUCAACAUACCGGCUCUCCUCUUACUAGAGAUUGGGCAAAGAUUCUCCCUUCACCACCCACAUAGUUGAUACAGGUUAACGGGUCUAAAUCCUGCUCUUAAUAGUUGAUCGUUUUUGCACUGGAUACAUUUUCGAUUUUCCCAAACUGAUGACCACAAAAUCUUAACAACUCAACCCCUGUUUUCCUCUAUAAUGCUAACCCACUUUCUGGAAUUUUAGUUCCAGCUUCAGAGAGCAGAUCUCUAGUGCCACUGGCGGAGACUUUGCGUGGAAGUGAACUCCACUGAGACCCUCCGAUAAGUACAGAGAUAGCUUUGUCACUCAUAAGGUGUCAGGCUGAAGAGGCAGGAGAUAAAUAGAGAGAGAGUGUGUGUGCUGGUGGUUUUUACAGGCCUUACAUAACCAGCUCAUGUUGAUGCCAGGAGCUGGGGUGGCAGCUGACAGGGAAUAUAGAGAAGAGUAAAAGCAUAGGAAAAUCAAAAAAGGAGGCUUUGCUAUGCCAUCAUGUUAAAAAGGACAGAGAAUGAGUUAUCAGCCAACUUAAACCUGCUGAACAUGACUGACGGCUGCAGGAUCAGCACAACUCCCAGGGGGCUUAGUAGCUCUGUAGUUGGACAUGCAGAGGGCUGAACUGCCUCUGGGGGAAAGCCGUGACUGACCGGCUGACUGACCACUCUCUUUUCAGAGUGACUCAGCAGCCAGUGUGUCGAAAUAGAGGCUAAAUAUGGUGUGCAUUCAAAAUGAGAAAGCACCAGGAUUGCACAUGAACUUUUUGAGCACUAUCACCAACAAGAGAAGCACCAGCUGCUUUUUUAAUGUCAUUUCAGGUUUGAAGUUUGAACAUGAAAUCUUUCAGAAUUUGCAAUACUUGAUCUGUGGUUUACCCAUGAGCUGGAUGUAAACAAUCUGUAAGAACAGGCAGUUCACUUUAUCCGGAGCAUUUACAUACAAAGAGGCUGAUUGUGAAGAAAUCCGACAUCCAGCAUAUUGCAAACAAACAAGAAGAGGUGCAGAGAGUUUGGAAAGACUCUUUCAAAAAAUAUUCAGAAUUAUCAAUAUUCUGGUCGGAGUAAAGAAUUUGAUUUUUCUCCUUUUCCAGGGAUUUUGGAUUGCUGGAUGGAAGAGUUGAGGAAUAAUCCUGCUUGUGUUUUCUUCAAAGUUUACCUGUUGAUCAUGUUACCAUACAAGCUAUAUGGCCGCAGUGAUCACGGGGCUGCUGGUUAAGGAAGCACUUAACUUUGUACCUGCUCUGAUAAAGGCCUCAAUGGUAACCAUGACUUUGUCACCCUAAAAGUAAAGGCGGUUAUUUGAAUGACCCUCUGAGUGCCUCAGACCCUCUGGAGAGGUUUGUACCUGGAUCCUCACACUGAGGAGCACAGGGGAGUCCUUUUUUUUAAAAAUACCUUUCCCAAACUCCUGCAGCACUCCAUACUUCUGUUUUAAUUUAAUUUGAUUUAACUUCAUUUAUUUUUUUAAUUUGAUUUAAUUUAAAAUUAUUUUUAUCUUUUUGAUCUAAUUAAAUUGAAUUGGAUUUAAUUUAGUUUAAUUAAAUUUUAUUUUAUUUUAUUUUAUUUACAGGUCUGACAUAAAAUUAAUGACCAGUUUAUCUUCAGAUACCUGUUCUCAGGCCUAAUAAAAAAAAGGCUGUGGUCAAUAUUUUAAUGCAUUUUUGUGUCAGUCAGAGUGGCUUAUAUUGGUUUUUAAUGGUGCUUGUACAGACCAUACAGAACUGUGCCAAAAUCACCAAAACUCUUAGUCCCUUAAUUUGAAAAAUAAAAAGUAUAUUUUUGUAAAACCCUUUCAGAGAUUUACUCUCAAAGUUCAAAUGCUCUCUCAACCCCAACAGCUCUACAGUUUCAUCAAAAAGAGCCCUGAAAUUUAUGAGUUAUGAUUUGAGCCCAAAUGAAAAGGUUGUGAUCAAAAACAGAGUACUAGGAAAAAAUUUGAUGCUAAGUGUUUUUCGGUUUGCCAGCAAACAAAGCUGAUGCAUAACCUGAAUGAUGCUGUCUCGAAACAGAGAGCAUCAGUGUUAGUAAGCUUUUCCUGUUCCCCUCUGCAUAUCUGAGAGAAGUGCUGACAGUAUUACCGAUGUGCAUCAGCGACGAAAUUGACUCCUUAUUGCAAUAGUCAUGAGUCCCAUCUAAUUUAACCUUGUAAAGCUGCGCUCCACGAGCUGUUGCCUCUUAGAAGUCUGCUUGCAUAAGUCCUCUGCUGCGAAUUCUUAAUCAGAUCAGUAUCAAUGAAUGACCCUGUCUUGUCAACAGCAUGAUGUUAACAUCUUGAAAAACAAGCAAGAACUGUUGCAUAAAAGAGAGAAGGAAAACAACUCUGUUUUUUUUUUUUUUUCUAAAUGCGUGCAGUGUUCUGUCUCUCCUUGGGGCUUCGGUCAGGUGACACUGCAGAAAUUCUCACCAAAUAAGUUUCUUAUGUUUAAGAUUUUCCAAUCAGAUAACGUCACUCCAGUCCCCUGCAUAGUGCUCUCAUGAAAAUUCUUUGUUUUCAAGUCUUUCCCCUCAUUUAGAAACUUAACUGAGAGGAGUCUUAUGUAACAUGGUUUCAAAACUGCCCCAGAAUCGAUGUGUGUGAUAAGUCCUGCUUGCAUCAACCCUCCCUACUUUAUCUACAACUAUUGGACUCUCUCUCUCUCACACACACCACUCACUCCCUUCGUGCCGUUCUGGCACUGAAAAGUAGGACAGGGUUUUCCUUUCUCCCUCUCCCUCUCUCUUCAUUGCUCACCCUCUGUGUACUGAUGUAACAGUGUUAGAGCUGAGGCGCUGUGCCCUCACUGUAACCACUCAGCUGAUUAUGGGUCUUAUGUAAGGAGGGAUUGUCAAGAGGAAAAUGGGGCAGAACAUAUGAGCCUGUUGCGGAAAAACAACAGCUCUAUGUAUGCAAGCCUUUCAAACAAGAUAGCCCUUUGUGCAGCUGAGCUACAGUUUGAGCAUUUCUUCCUCACCUUGAUUCGAUAAAUGUCUUAAUCACACAGAACACAGCAUAGUCGCUGCAGAGCUGAUAAGCGAAAAAAUAAAUAAAUAAAUAAAAUGUUGGAUACUUUGCAGCUCAAGCAAGGCCGACGCUGUGAAUGUUUGUGUAGACGGCUGUUCGAUUAACCUGCAUUUAAUGUGCAAUAUUGGCACACCUUUGUUUGCAUGGAUGCAUGCACUCUGUGGUGUGUCCUCUGCAGGGUGUGUGGUUAUGUCUGUGUGUGUGUGAAUGCAUGACUAAGGCUACCAAACAAUCCUCAAUCUUGAUCUGUAGUUGUUGCUGUUUUGUGCCUGUUUGUAUUUGUUAACACGCAGCACAGUCCUUGAGGUGCCAGAGCCAUGUUCUGCCCAGGGUGCAGAGAGCAAAUGGUGUAAAAUCAGGUGUGCAUGUUGAGGCCUCGCAGCGUGUUUUCCUGGCACUGUGAGAAGUCUUAUGUAACUGCUUCUAACAGAACCCUUGGCACUGCUACAAAAACCCCAUAGAGACAAUAAGAGCACGAUAAAUACAGAGGUGGGCUGUAAAUAAGGACUUCUCUGACUUUGAAGGUUUGGUGGGUUAUUUAAAGAAAAUAUCAAAAAUUAUUUAAGAAAAAAAAUCCCACUGUUUUGUAGUGUUAUGUCUAUUUUCACUGUAUUGCAUUAUUUAAAGAAAUUAAAAUAAAAAAAAAAUGUAUAAAAAAAAAUCAUGAGUAACAUGUUGGUGGCCAAAGUUAAUCAACCUGAAUGAUUAUUUCUGCAUCAUUUCUCUUCAUCAGCAGAAGAUUAACAGAUUAAUCACUGAUCUUUAAACACAGAGAUCUACUCAAAUGCUCCUGAAAGUUUGAAUAACAUCCAUUUUCUUUUCAUGCUUUUAUUUUUUUUUGUCUGCAGCGAUCAUUUUACCAUCGUUUAACAGGGGACAACAAGUCCGAAAAAUUCUUCAAGGUGUUUUAUGAGCGCAUGAAGCUGGCGCAGCAAGAGAUCAAAGCCACUGUGACGGUGAAUACGAGUGAUCUUGGCAGCAAGAAGAAGGAUGAGGAACCCCCGGACAAAGACGCACCAGCAUGCAAGAAAGGUUAGAGGUCAAGGGUCGAGGUCGCCAAUGAGUUACCAGCAUAUACCUUGAGUGGCGUGUUUGAAAAUCUCAUUAAGUCGGCCUGCAUACUUAUUACCCAGAAAUUGCAGUAAUAUAUACAGUUCUCAGCAUAAAUGAGUACACCCUUUCAGAGUUGUCCGAAAAUUUUUAGUUUCCUUUCAAAAUCAACAUUUUCUUUGUCAGACAAUAAAACAAAAAAAUCCCCCAAAUUUAGUCCACUGAUCACUAGCAAGAUUUUUUAAGUUGCAUACAAAAAAGUUUUUUUAUUUUUUUUUUUAUUUGAAAUCAGGAUGCAAAAAUGAGUACACCCCAGUCAAAGUUCUGGGAGCAAAGCAGAAUUUUAGUGACCAUAUCACCCUUAUUUUCAUCUUAUGGUAAAUAAAAUGUUGUGUUAAACUCAGCUUUGUCAAAACUUUGGAAAUUCUACUUUUGCUCAUCUAGAUAUUGAGUAAUACAUUACUUUUAAUAGGAGGUGUACUGACCUAUCGUGCGCACUGUAGUACUUUGCAUUUGUGUUUACAGUCUCGAGGUCUCUUUUUUCUUUCGUUAAUUAAGUCUUGCUAUUUUCUUGAAAAACCAGAACCGGUCUGUGCGUAUGAAUCAUGAUUCUGAAAAGUGUGCCUGUGUCGGUUAAAUAUUGUUUAUAACACUGUUUUCCAUCCAUCUGUCUACUUGUCUGAACCUCCUGUACCUGUGGUUAGUCAAAGAUGUGCCAGUGGUAGCAGUGGUGACAGAGGAGGUGAAGGAGCAACUCGUGGAAGCCUCCACCGUCACCAAGAAGGCCUUCACCACCUACCGCCGUGAAGUAGAGGCCGAAGAGCACCAAGCAGCUGCUGAAGGAUCCCCUGUCCCGACCGCUGAUAAGAGCCAGGAGGAAGGCGAGAUGAGUGUCAUCAUAACCAUCAUGCAGCCCAUCCUCCGCCUCAUGCAGCUGCUCUGUGAGAACCACAACAGAGAUCUGCAGGUCAGCCAUGACAUCAACUUGUCGCCUCUGUGGGCUUUUGUUUUUUCAUAAACCCCACCAUCCCCGACAUGCUGACAUUUCCUGACCUGUGCUCUUCAUUUCACUACCACACAGAGUUACACAGAAACGAAACAGUGCAAAAAAUAGGUACCAUUUGCAGAACAUCCUGAUGCAGCUGUUUCCGUAUCUGGUAUGUCUUGGUCUGGUUUCACUAUGAGGAGUGUGUUGGUGUUUAGUAAUGGCUGGUUCGAGCAGCACAGCCGGUAGACUUCCUUUUUGCACUGAUUCUGUUUACACCUAAACCAGACCAAGCCUUCAUUAAAAGGUAGUUACUUUUAUGCUGAAUCGCUGUCUCCUCUAUCGGAACUCAGCGUGGGUGUAAGGUAUUGAUUUACUGCCGGCUAGGCAGAACACAUGAUCAAUUCAUUGAGACAUUGCUCUUCCUUUUAGAGGUAUGAAGUGUCUGUCUUUGCUGUGGAAGGAGGUAAAAUCAUGAUGAGGCAUGAAACUUUGACUUUUAAAUUUAGUGAUGUCAUGAAAAAGAGGUUUUUAUUUUAUUUUUUAAAUAAAUUUAAAAAUAAAAAAGAAAUUUAAAGUACAGAAAGAAUAUAUUUUGGGUUUCCCCUCAAGUGAAAGCUUCCCUGAAUUUUCUGGUAUCAACUCAGCUAUCAACUCCAGAGACUAUGACAAACAAGCAGUAGGUCCUUAGUAAACACCAAUAUGUCUGUUUCUGUUCAAUUAUCAUCCAUCCCAAUCAAAAAAAAUCUAUAGGUGCAAAGAUUUAUCUACAGGAAUGUUUGUCACAGUGGUUCUGAGAGAGGAGAUAAAACCCAUCUUUGGUAAAAAUUUAUCUGUUUCUAUUUGCAGAACUUGCUACGCAAUCAAAACAACAAGAACAACUAUAAUUUGGUGUGUGAGACACUUCAGUUCCUGGACUGUAUCUGUGGCAGCACAACAGGGGGACUGGGUCUUCUGGGACUUUACAUCAAUGAAAAGAACGUAGGACUCAUUAACCAGACUGUGGAGAGCCUGACUGAGUACUGCCAAGGUCCCUGUCAUGAAAACCAGGUGAUACAUAAACACGCAACAAGAGUGUGAGAGCUCACACUUCAACCUUUGUAUGCACUGACAUUCACCCACAGUCUGAGCAGUCAGUUUGGGGUGGAGAAAAGUUGAAGACAUGCCACAUCAGCGUCUUUGUAAGGGUUUGUAGACCGUCAAAAAAGUUGUCCUGGAUGUUGUCGGUCAGAAACAACAUUUUUUGAUAACAGAUCCAUGUAAUAUUGCAUUGAUUUACUGGCCAUUGCUGAGAUAUUGCUCCUGCUGAAAUAUUAAUAGAAAGACAACUGCACAGGAUAGCAAAAAAGAUUUCCAGAUAGUUUCCAGACAGUAAAUAAUGCAAAAGAAAAAAAUAUAUUGUCAUAUAAAACAACAAACUUCAAAUGUUUUCAGCUAAGAAUCCACAUGCGAGAAAAACCCUGAUUUGGAUUUCAUUCACAGAACUGCAUUGCCACUCAUGAAUGCAACGGCAUUGACAUCAUAAUCGCUCUCAUCCUCAAUGACAUCAACCCUCUGGGCAAGAAGAGGAUGGAUCUGGUGCUGGAGCUCAAAGUGAGUGCUGGUAAUAAGUCUGUUGGUGCUGAAGUAUUAAAUAAUAGCUCCUAUCGUCUUGUGCUAAAACAAAGCCAAUAGUCUAAAAGUCCAGCCACACCCUUGUCUAAUUUAUUUAGCUAGCUGCAGUUGAGACACAUGACGCUCAAGCCACAGCAGGAAAUUAAACUAGCUAAAUUGGGUGUGAUAGAUUUACCACACCUUAAACAAAACUCCAUUGUGAAAAACAUGGCAAUAACUCAUGACCAAAUGAGGAUACAAGCAUAUGAAGGAAAAUAUUUCACUCUCAUUCAAAAGGCGUCUUUAUUUCUUAACUGGCUGGUUGGUGAAGAAGGAAAUAGAUACCCCCUGUGGUCAUUAGUAUGCGACUGGAUGCCCAUUACUGAAGACAUUGCCAAUAAAAUCUUUUAUUAGCAGUGUCCUCAAUAACUCAAACUAUGUCAAAUAGUCUCUUAGGCAAAACUUUUUAUACCCAUGACCUGGAUGGCAGAAAACUUUCCCAGGCUUUUGAUUUCACAGUUUAGAAAGGUUAACUGAAGUGACAUUUAUCUGUGCUCUCAUCUUUUGCAGAACAAUGCCUCAAAACUUCUUCUUGCAAUCAUGGAGAGUCGGCAUGACAGUGAGAACGCUGAGAGGAUACUGUAUAACAUGAGGCCUAAAGAGCUGGUACGUAACACACAACACAAGUCAUCAGACAGACUUAAAAAGAAGCGACCUGACAAUUUAUAUAUUUGCAGGUGGAAGUGAUCAAAAAGGCUUACAUGCAGGGGGAGAUAGAGGUCGAGGAGCCCCCAGAGGGGGAGGAUGGAGAGGAGGAACACUCUGCAUCCCCAAGAAAUGUCGGACAUAAUAUCUACAUCUUGGCCCAUCAAGUAAGGCAGCAGCUUUCUGUAACGUCAGUGUGGAGACCAUAGACCGUAUACACUAUGGACAACCUGGCUCCGCCUUCAGUAAUUAUACGAAUUUGAAUUUGGUAUUCACUACACAGAAAACACGAACCCCCUAAUAACUUUUAAAAAUGGAGCCGCAAGGAAAAAAGAGGACUUGAGCACAAACCAGUCUUACAGUGACUACAUGUCAACAUCGCAACCAGGGGGGGGAAACAUGUAUAUUCUGUCUUAUAAAUUUCUAAAGUUUGUCCACAGCUCCAUAGGGAUUGCUGGAGGAAGAGGUAUAUGAUGACCUAUACUGCAGCCUGUCACUAGAGGGUGCUGUUCUUAUGGUGGCUUCACCCAGCGAGGAGGCAGGCAGCGUCCAUUCUAUAUACAGUCUAUGGUGGAGACACAUACAUUCAGACACACUCAGGGCGUGAUCACAUGAAACACAUCCAACCACCGUCACAUUCAAGUUUAUUACUGAACAUUUCUACAGCUUUAUGUUUGUGUCAUUUCCCGUGUCUGCUUAAAACAUGUGAUACCUGCUUGUCUACACUCAUCUCUCCUCGUUCAGCCCUCCGGCUGCUCAACCUUGAUUUAGGUUAACGACAACAAUCACAGUUAUGCAACACCCACUGUCAAUCCACAUGCUGCAGCCUCAUGCUGGAAAAGGAAGCAUCUUACAAAUCCCAUGUCUUGUAUCCAAAGGUUUACUGCCAGCAUGUCAGUUUAUCACAUUUACACUUUCUAGACAUGUUCUCCUGCUGAAAAAAGCAGAAACGAUGUGUGUAAGGGUUUUUUCUCAUCGGUCAGUCACCAUUCAUGUGCUGAUGUAUGUUUUCAUUUCAGUUAGCCCGUCACAACAAGGAACUGCAGGCUAUGUUGAAGCCAGGAGGGACUUAUGGAGAGGGCGACGAGGCCCUGGAGUUCUACGCUAAACACACAGCUCAGAUCGAGGUUAGUGAUUGGAUCCCUGUUCAAACUACACUGUGACAUGUCAGAUCUGCUGCUGUUGUUUUAUUGUUUUAAAUACCUACAACUUCACUCUUGUCUAAAAGCCAUCCAUCAUCUAUCAUCAGACAGGAUUCUAAGCAUUGCAAUCAUCUUGAUGCAUGUGAAGGUAUUUUCUUGGCCUGCUUUCGAGUCCCGUGGUGUUACCUAACAGAAUGACAAGCACCUUUGGCAUGUUUGCGCUUUUUUGUGUGCGCACAACCAAUCAGAGGAAGGAAUGUAGAUUGUUGGAAGCAUGCUGGACUAAAAGUUGUUGGUUCAGUUUUUUCAGCCUCUUAAGAAAAUAACCUCUCUGUUUGUUUUACAAAGCACUCUUUGUCACAAGUACCAGUCAGACCAUUUGAAUGAAUUGUCAUCAACACCUGACUUUAAAGACGGUGUUACAGGUUCAAUUAUUUUCCUGAUGACAGAGCUCGGGUAAUGAGCUUCUGCUGCUUCUCUUGUUAUGUCCAGAUUGUACGGCUGGAUCGCACCAUGGAACAAAUAGUCUUUCCAGUGCCCAACAUCUGUGAGUUCCUUACCCAAGAAUCCAAGCUGCGUGUUUACUACACUACAGAGCGAGACGAACAAGGAAGUAAGAUCAAUGACUUCUUCCUGCGCUCAGAGGACCUUUUCAAUGAAAUGAACUGGCAGAAGAAGCUGCGAGGUACUCAAGAGGCUACUGGUAACACCAACACAGUCCCCUGUACGUCUUUCUCCUCAACUCUUUACUUCUUAGUUCCAGGUUUACAUGUUUUCCUCCCGCAUCCCUCCAGGUUCUAAAUCAUUUUUGACAGACAUACUCAAAAUAUGUGUUUUUUUAAAAAUAGCAUAAAGCUUUGAAUCACUUCUCUAAGGUCUUUCAGAAGUGUUUAGUCUGUUUGUGAUAAAGAAAGUGAUGAACAAGCAGCUGCAUGAUCACUUCUGUUAUUCAUUGUGCUACUUUUAGUAACAUGGAUUCUUUCUUUGCAAGUAAAUAUUCCCAAAACUGGUUUAGUGCAUUAUUAUCUACACCUUUAUAAAUCUCAAUCAAAGACCCAUGCAGCACUCAAAUUAGAAACCGAACAAAGUUGGAGGUUCUGUAACUGAAAGGUCCUUUAAAAUAUCAUUAAAAUCUCAACUAAUCAUGUCUUAAAUACAUCACUAUUUGUUAUGAUCAUGUUUCUUUCCUUUUUAUGAAUAUUUCAUUGUCUUUAUCACUGUUUGCUGAUUUGUCUGUGUUCUUGUAUCUGUUUGACCUUUCCCUAAUCAUUGUACAUGUGUAACCUGUCUGUGUACUUAGUUGUCUGCACCUUAUGUUUUCUCUGUCCUGACAGGAGUGGAACUUUGUAUCAGCCUAUCAGCUUCAUUCCCUCCCUGCACUGUUUUUAAUCUGUGCUAAAUAAACAAAUCCUAAAAAAAAAAAAAAAAAAAAAAAGGUGCUGCACUCUUAUCCCCAAAUCAAAACCCUGGAGGGAUGGAAAUGAAGGGAGCACGUAAACCUCAGUCCUUUUCAUGCUCACGGUCUUUGGCAGAAUAUAAGCGCCCUUGUCACGUCUCCUUUUCAAUUUGGAUGUCUCAGAGGUGUUACAGUGGGACCACUAGGGACCAUCAAGUGGUUUCACCCCCUGCACUGCUGGCAUUGGGGGAAGUAACAGGUGUUCAUAGACGAGACAGGAGACGUUUGUGUAUCUGAUCAGAGUGAGGCGUCUGCUGUGUGUUUGCUUCUUCAAAGCUUUAUCACAACGCAAAGUGACGCACUUGGACACCAAUUUUGAGCAGUUAAAGAAUCAUAAUGAAAGUACAAAACGUGAUGAUGACGGUGGGGCUGCAGUUUCACUGACUUUCAGUAUGAAAAGGACUCCUGAUAAGCAUCUUAUUACAGAACAGCAUAAGUCCAUAAAGUCUAAGAUAUUAGAAUAAAGCAUAUUUCUGUCUGCUGCUGUUUAAAUAUGUUUCUCCACGAGUUGCAUUAAAACAUCUCUUCUUUGACGAUUGACUGUUUUAAAGCUGUAAAGAGACCAAACAAACCAAAGCCGUGAAUUUAUUGUCUUUAUUUAAUCUGUGCUCUGUAUCAAAGCAUGUUCUGAUAUCCUCAUUACUUAGAAUUAGAUCAAGGUCCUCAGGGGCCCAUAAUGCACUUGCCCUGACAUGGACAUGCUACCAUUCCAAGUCUUUAGCCCUCAUGAAGUCAACACUUUCUAUUUAUUGCCCCUUUAAGUGUCUCCGCUCUCCCCAAUCGCUUCUAACUUGGAUCCCCACACCGAAGGACACAUUUUCUUACACCUUUAGUCCAACCCAAUUAGCACUCCCAAGUGUCUGCUUUUUCCAAGUUUGGACUGCAGUCUACUGUAAAUGUGAGCUUAUUUUACAUUAAAAUGACCUGCAUUAAUUUGUCUCAAAAUCUGUCCUUUAGCUCAGCCAGUCCUGUACUGGUGCUCUCGGAACAUGUCAUUCUGGAGCAGCAUUUCCUUCAACCUGGCAGUCCUCAUGAACCUACUUGUGGCCUUCUUCUACCCCCUGGAAGGUGUCCGUCGAGGUCAGUCUGGUUAAACAUGAAUCUUUUUACCUUUGAGUCGUUGAGACGUUCAUGUUGUUUUGACUCAGCUAACGUUCACAGGUUUCAUGGAUCCACCACAUUAAUAUGUUUUUCAAACAGUAGUUACAAUUACUUUCAAAUGUACUCAACUUAAUAAUCAACUAUAAAUACAAAAUGGAUAUACAGGAAAAAGAAGAGUUUUUUCCACUAUUGACAGACUUUUGAAUGAAUGAGUUUACAGUGUUGAGUGGUUUGCAUGUUUUUCAUAGUAAAUUAGUAGAACCGAGUGACUUUGAGGCUUAAAAGAUAACUGUUAUCAGGAUGUCCCAAUCCGAUAUUGAUAUUGGAUAUUGGUCCAAUAUCAGCAAAAAAACAAAUAUCGGAUUAUAUCAGCCUGCAUCUAAAAUCUCAGAUAUCAUCACUCCGAUACAAACAGUCCAUCCAGACUUCGCUCCAGCACCUCUAUCUAGCAGCGCCCGGAUCCAGCAUGCAGAGCCCACGUGAUGUUGGCCAUGUCGCAGUAUUUUUCUUUUAAGUCUGAAAAAGUCUUUGUAGCUGAGUGCAAGACUAGUCAUGCACAAGUUUGUGCUUAUAUCGAAUCAGUAUCGGAAGUAAAAAAUUGUAACGCGACACCCCUAGUAACUGGCAUCUUUUUCAUUGUAGUAAAAACGGGCCUCAAUGACCAAUACACAAUAGUUUUAACUGUCUUUAGGCUUUAUGGCUCCAGGGAAAAUAUGGAUAGAUGUUGCUUGUUAUGUAUCUGGGGUCUUCUGCGAUUCCACUUCAGUUUUUCCCUCUGUGUUAACAAAGUACUGUGCCACUGAGUCCCAUGUCUAGUUCUGCCAUUAACUGUAACCUGUUCGAGUUUCAUCAGCUGUGAGGCAGGAGACAUAUGGCCCAUGAUGUGUUUUAUCAGAAACUUCAAGGCAAAGAUGAAUGAGAAAUCAUUGUACCAUUGCUUGGUAAGGCUCCUGCGAAGACCCUAGUUUUUGGGUUCCCCGAGGACAAAGUCAUACUUCAUACAUCUGUUCAAAUGCUGGUCCAAAAAUGUGUAUAAACUGUGAAGCGGCCACCCACCACAAGCCAGGAGUGUAAUUCAGACAUCAUGUUGGAAAGCUUUGCUGCUCAGAUGCAAACAGGUUCACAUGGCAGGUGGCUUCCUGUCGUGCAUUGUGGUUUGUUUAAGGCUUUGAUCGAGGAAAAGGGGGAAAUAGUGUCAUGAAUGCUGUGUCGGGUAAAACAGGUUUUAGACCAACCUGAGCCAUGCACAACCAGCAAAGACACAUGAACCUGCAAGGAGAACUAAAGGCCAGCAGUGUUGGCUCUGCAGAUGUUAGCCACACUAAGUAAACCAAAAAAUUUCAAAAUUACAGCAGCAUAGUACAGAUAAAAAAGACAAAAUUAAAGAAUAAAGAAAGUUUGAGUUAAAUAGAGAUAUGUACACAAGUCUUAUUUACAUGUGUACAGAACACACUGAGGUUUCUGUUGUGGAGUUUGAUAGCUGCAGGAAGGAAUAAACUGCGAUACCUCUCCGUCACACACUUUGGGUGGAGCAUCCUGUCCCUUAAGGAGCUCCUCAGUGCAAUAAGUGUGUGUUGGAGGGGGUGAGAGUCUCUGUCCAGUAUGGAGGACAGCUUGCCUGUGAUCCUCUUCUCCCCAACUUCCUCCACAAGUUCCAGAGGGCAUCAUCCCAGGACAGAGCUGGCCUUCUUUAUGAGUUUGUCCAGCCUCUCCCUGUCAGCUGCUGUGAUGCUGCUCCCCCAGCAGACCACUCCAUAGAAAAUGGCAGAGGCCACCACUGAGUCAUGGAAGGUGUUCAGGAGUGCCCCCCACACCCCAAAAGACUGUUUGACAGAUAACCCCCAGACUAAAUCACUUUAUAACACCCCUGCAUUUAGGAGUGAGAUAUACUGAUUCUGAUAUGGAGAGUUGGACUAGUGUUAUGGUGUUAGAUGAUUUAUGAAACUUUUAGUUUCCCAUACAAUGACAUAAAACUCCACAGCCACUCUCCCCGAUAUAUAAACCAGCUGCAUAGGCAACACCAGGAUUUGACCAUGUUUAAUUUGGCUGUCUAAAUUGGGAUCUGUUGAGAAUUUCAUGGCUUUUGCAGCCAGCCUCAAGCUGACCCUGAACUAACUGCAGUUUUUUGCACUUUGGUAAGCAAUGGACCGAUACUGUGAGUCAGCACCUGUUGGGUCUGAACUACGACGUUAAAAAAGACAAGCAUCUGUGACUGAUGUUUAAAGAGAGGGGAGCUUAUAAGACCACUAAAACUUGCCCCUGAUCAAAGCUCUGGGUUAGUUUGUAAAAUAAAAAAAAGACCUGGUAAUGCCGCAUUCAUUUUCAUUUUCCUUUGUCCUACUCAGGUCUAAAUAUGUUUUUACAUAUGCACUUAGUCUCCAUGAAGUGUUUGAGAUGCAUGUGUGGAUGCCAAUGGUCCUUUUUUUCUUGCUCCCUAAAAAAAAUCUGACAAAAAGAUUGUGUGAACAAAUGUUUGUAUGCAGCAAAUAAAAUCAUCUUAUUGUAUAGCAACCAAGCAGGGGUGAUGGCAUUCGAAGAACCACUGAGCAACAGGCGCCGUCUGCAUGUAUGUGAUAAAGCUCCUUUAUUGUCUUUUCUGCUUAACUGGAUGUUCUUUUGCAAACAUUAGUUUGAAGCGUGAAAACAUAGUAACAUAAAUGAUGUGCUUUUGUAAUCACACAUUAACAUUAGUUCAUAUAACACAUGGUUUUUAUUUGGAAUGAAAUAAGUUUACACAGGGGGUGAACUGCACUUCUUACUCCUUCUUGCCGUGGUUUGGGUGUAUCUUCACACCUCUCUAACCAAGAUAAACACUCAAAUGGAGGUGUUAUGGGUACACAAACCAAUAAAUGACAUUUCCACACUGACAGUUAUUUCACCCACGAUGGUGGAUAGAAGUGAUCCCACUGCUAGUUACAGAGGUCAACAGUCAACUCAAUUGGUAAAACUUUCUUUUUGUGAAACUUCUGGAGUGAGAUCAGGUCCUGGGAAAGAUCCAAAGAUAUGACCUUGUACUCCACACCAUAUUAACCCCGGGUCAGGCUGUGUCAUGUGCCCAACAUUUAAAGAUUUAAAGUUGGAAAAUCUGUCUGCCGUGGGGUCACAAGAUGUGACAGAUCAAUGAAGAGGUAGCUUCGAGGGGAUAUCACAAAGUGAUACAAAUUCCUGCAUGAAGGGAAGUGUUGACUAACCAAAGGGAUGAGUGACAGACCUGUGAGCACCUCUUCACUUGCAGUUUCAGUUUUCUGUUUAUUUUGCCGUCACUAAUUCCUUUCUUUUUUUUCAGUUCUCCUUGAGGGCAGUAUUUGUGGGGAUGUGAAAAAGCCACAACUGUGAGAGCUUGUAUUGUUCUCGUGCCGUGUAGCACAGAGAAGACACACAUUGUGAUCCGUAUAAACUUUCAAUUGUUCUGUGUGGGGUCAAACGGCGAGGUCCCUUUUGUGUUAACUUCCUAACAGCAGUAUAGAAGAGACAAAAAAGAGGUUGUUAGCAGAGCUCUUGAAACUCCAUGUGGUUUGUAGUGUCAAAGGUCUUCUGAGAGCUUAGCAGUUCAUUCCAGGGCACUCUAAUAUGGACCAUCUAAAAAAAAAAAACAGCUGCUGCAAAGUUAAUCAUUGAACAUUUGUACAUUUUACACCAACGCAUGCACAUCAAGUGGAAGUCAUGGAUGUAAAAAGGGGGAAAGGUGAAGCUCACGCAGAGGUGUUACAGGCUGGCCUUGGAGCUGGUCUUCUUUUCCGUUUUCCUGUUAAUGAAAACUAAAACAAAAACAGAAAACAGAGCUAAUGCAGUUAAUCAUACGAGCCAAACAACCAAUGUUUGGCUUUGGUCCAAUCAAUCAUCAUCAUAAAAUCACUUUUUUUACAUUUUAAAGACAAUUUAAAGACAUUUUUUGAUUUAAAUUGAUUGAUUUCCAGAUGUGUGAAUGUCUUAGACAACAUGAACAACACCUCUCUCACAUUGUCUCUCCGUGGGUGUUUCCUUGAGGUGGUUUGUUUAAAGUGAAACUGCGGUUGGGAACUUUUUUUUUUCUUUAGGGGUCAGAUCUGCUAUAGUCAAAGAAAACAGUGCAAUGAACAACUGCAGGCUGUUAUUUCUGUUUUAAAGCUGCUUUUAGCGACAUUAAAGAUAGGUGGGUGUUUGACCAAUUGUCGCUCAGUCCUAUUCAUAACCUUAUACAGAGAACAGCCUCAACCUGGUUGUUCAAGCAGAAAUUAAAGCGCCACAGAAAAAAGCGAGACAGAGCAAUGAAUGAUCACUGUAAAUAUGUGACGUACAGGCUGCUGUCUCUGGGUUAGCUGCCAAGUCCAAGAACACAGGCAGCCUGUUACGAUGCAGGACCAUCCCUGAUGAAUUUAGCGGGAGCCAAGUGUAUUUUUAGCCAACUGGGUUAUGUAACGAGUACCUGUUAUGUGAUGUGGACACAGCAAGGGAAGAAAAAGGCCUCACAAGGGAGGAGAUGGAGGCAGACACUCUGUUAGUGUUUCUUUGGUGCCUCGAGAGAAAAAAAAAAACAGACUAGCCUCAUUUGCAGAUGGACAAAUGCAAGUGUGGGCAAACACAGAGAGAGAUCAAUACUAAGCACAGGUAGUGCAGAGCCUUUCCUCCGCGUGCUGGACGGGACUUGGCAUUGAGCUCAGGUCUGGUGAGCUGAUGAUAACACUUUGCUGAGCUACAGUAACAGAGGUGAAAUACCCAUCUGUUGUGUGAAAGUCAACACGUGCACACACAGGAAACUGUUCAUGAAUGUAACUGCUGUGUUUUUUUUUUUUCUUUUUUUUGUUGUUGUUAUAUUUAUUCUCACCCUCAUUUAGCUGGAAAAUUAAAAAAAAAAACAUUCAAAAAGAUGGAAUUUAGAUCUAAGAAGUCUCAGUGUGUGUGGAUUCUGUAUAAAGGAAGUGUAUUUAUGGUCGUACAAAUCGCUGCAGGCAGGCAUAAUCUAGUUCAGCAUUUGUAUUGUCAGGAUUAUUCUGUGUUCUGAAACACAGAUCCCAAAUCAUGGCAUCAAUCUCCUAAACCUGCAAUGAAAGCCGACAGCUCCUGUCCUGGUACAGGGUUUACCAAACCUCCUGUAAUGCGAGCUUUGUUAUGCUUUUUCAGACGCCUACAAUAUUUCUGUCAAUCCUAUUUUAGGUACGCUACAUGUCUCACUGGAUGCUGAAUUUGUUUACACACAUUCUUGAAUACAAGUUGACAAAUUCCUCAGGUUUGGCUAAAAUGCUCAUACACAGAUGUAUAUACACAAAUGUAUGUGCUCUGUGUCCAAACAAAGGCCCUGGAGUCCAUCUGUUUAUAAUUUGUUCCUCCUGCUGCACGUUAUAGUGAUUUUUUUCAUGUUACAAAUCUUUCUGAAAGAUUUUUAUUCAUGCUAUAUAUUUGAAUGUUUUUGAUGGUUGCAGAGAAGUGUUAACCCUGCAUAACUGAAUAAGGAUCUUGUCAAUGUGGAAAAAGUUGUUGCUAAAAUUGAAUAACAGUUGUCGUGCUUUAAAUGGUUGACUCCUCAGGUACCCUGGAGCCUCAUUUGUCUGCGCUGCUGUGGAUGGCCAUGCUGGUUUCUCUUGCCAUAGUCAUAGUCUUGCCUCAACCUCAUGGCAUCCGGGCGCUUAUUGCCUCCACCAUCCUGCGCCUCAUCUUCUCUGUAGGACUGGAACCCACUUUGCUCCUUCUGGGCGGUUUUAAUGUAAGUGUCCAUCAUUGUGUUCAGAAAAGACCAUGUUUCUUUACAGCUGUAGAUUAAUGUAUGCUUUGUGGAAACACUGCAUGAACACAGAGAUAAUAAACAGUAGGAUUCAUGGGAAGUGUUAAGAAAUAAUUCAAAGUGGUGUUGCAGCACAAGCAUUAUUGUAGAUGUGAGUGAAAAUGUUAGUUUGGCUACUUUAAUAUCCUUAUAUCCUUGUGCUCUUGAUGAUGAAGUCUGAUUUUGCUUUGUCUCUGUUGUGUCCAUGGCUGGACAGUUUUGUAAUAAGGUCAUCUUCCUGAUGAGCUUCGUUGGGAACCGUGGAACCUUCACUCGUGGCUACAUAGCCAUGAUCAUGGAUGUGGAGUUCCUGUACCACUUGCUUUACCUGAUUAUCUGCGGCCUCGGGGUCUUUGUUCAUGUCUUCUUUUACAGCCUGCUGGUAAGUGAGGACACACAAAACGUGAUCACAUUAAAACUUCUUCUUUCUUGUUUUACUUUUCCAAUUUCUGAAUAAUACGUCUUUGCAGCUUUUUGAUCUGGUUUACCGAGAAGAAACCUUGCUGAACGUCAUAAAGAGUGUGACCCGAAACGGACGAUCCAUUGUUCUGACAGCCGUGCUGGCUCUUAUCCUCGUCUACCUCUUCUCCAUUGUGGGCUAUAUCUUCUUCAAGGAUGAUUUCAUUUUGGCCGUGGACAGGAUACCCAACAAAACAUUAGGUAUGUAGUGUAAGGGAUCAAGCAACCAGGCAAAGGACAGAGGUGUGGAAAGGAUCUUGAUCCUUUAGAUCACUUAAUGUGAUAGAAAAGUCAACAAAAUCCUGGCCCACACUAAAAGAGGUCAACUCUGCAAAAAAAUAACUAAAGUUACAACCUAACAAACAUAAUCGAACAGACCUCUAAGUGAUACGCGUCGGGAGUUUAAAUAGACAAAGGACUAGUCCAACAUAAACACAAGGGGGAAACUAAGGUGACUGCAAACUAAACAUCUAACAAACUCAGCAAAACACCUUCAAACUAUCCAAACCAACUAUUUACAGAAAAAAAACUAAAUACUCUGCUCUAACUGAAAAGGUAAAGACUAAAGUUUUAUAAAGAAUCAAAAGUCUAAGUUCCUCCUUGCUUCCCCCUUGAUGGUCUGUCCCACUUCCUGUUGGUUGGGCUUAAGAGGCCAUCUUGGAGCUGCAGACAGCCUUGUGUCAGGAGCUCGAACAAAGUCAAACAAAAAAAGAAAGUAUUGCUUUGAAAUGUCAUAAACUCAAGUUAAAUCAUGAUGUAGAAAAUUAAACCAUGUGUCGCAGUUUGUUAACUAAAUUAUGUGCACCCAAAUUAAAAAACAACUGCCGUAAAUGCAAUAAAAGUGACUUAAUUUUAACAAUCAAAAAAAUAUAUAUAUUGUGUUUUUCUUAAACUGAAACAAAUUUACUGUUAAAACCUGAAGACAAAGAAAUACUAACACAAGGUGAUUAUUGAGGCCACUUUAUGUAGAUUGAAAAAAGACGUUUUGUGGAGGCUGAGCAUCUCCAGAUCCAGUAAACACUCACACUUAUUGAAAGUUACUGCACACCGAGUCAAAGGGAAGCUAAGAAAUAUAAAAAAAAGCGUGAGUCCACUUUGUCUUAAUUGCAUUUAUCUAGAUGUUUAGGCAUGCUUUGCGUCAUGUGUCACUGUGGAUCUCUGCAUCAUUGAUUUGCGUCACAAAUUGUAAAUCUAAGAUGUGUUUAUUAUUGGAUAGAGCAUGGGGCCAGUAUGGUCGGCGAGUUCUUCUCUGGGGCAGUGUGCCAGAAGGAAAAUGGGGAAAACUGUUCAACAGAGACCAUGAUGGAUGGUAGGUUGAGCGAAGCCAAAGGUAACUUUGUGUGCAUGUUUGUGUGGGAUUGGGAUGGGGGGGGGGUGGACAAUGGGGUUGGCGGGUUUCUUUAAGCUGGAAUCCACGUGUUUGUGCAUGCAUGCAUGUGUCUCGGGAAUUCCAAGUGUUUGUGUGUGUGUGUGAGUGUACGUGUAUGUCUGUCCACAUAAGGGUCUUUAUGUCCUCCCAGACAACUGACUCAGCCAGAGCAGAUUCAUCCUACUGAGCUGUAAAUCUGGGCAGUAGGUUAGUCAUGAGAUUAAACCUGGCUGGGCCAACUGGGGUCUUUUAAGGUUCUGGGUGAAAUGCUUUGGGUUUAGGCUCCUUGUGUGUCUAAGGGGACAGAGCCAAAGACCUGAUGUAGGGGCCUAGGGGUGAGAGGUCAGGGAUUAAUCACCAUCAGGCACAAGCAGGUCACUGAGUCCACUUGGGGAUGGCUCAAAGAGUCUCUCACGGCAAACCACUAGUUCUUGCAAACCUGUUAAACCUACUGACCUUGAUGGGGAAAAGCCUCCAAUGAAGUAAAUCUAAUAGACCAGCCAACCAUCUAGAAUCCCCUUACUCCUGGGGGUCUGACCCUGUCUCAGCUUCCACGUCUUAUACUGGUGGCUUGUCUUGUGAUAGUAGACUGGUGACUUUUUAGUUUGUGAGUAGUUGAGGACGCUCCCAUUGUUCAAAUCCUCACAUAGCCUUCAUGGGAUCACUUCAAUCAAUCCUUAAUCAAGGGUCUAAAAUGAGUUUUCAAAUGCAUGUACCGUGCCAUUUUUAUGUGUAAUCUGAGGUCACAGACUUCUAUAUUUCAAUGCCAGUGAUUGAACAGGGAAAUGACCAAGUGUGCUGUUAUAUUUUUAUAGCUUCCCUUGCCGUCCAACCGUCCGCAGUGGUGAUUGAGGACAAGGAGCGAGCAUGUGACUCCCUGCUCAUGUGCAUUGUCACAGUAUUGAGUCAUGGCCUCAGGAGUGGAGGAGGUGUUGGAGAUGUCUUGCGGAAACCAUCCAAAGAGGUAAAAAAGCACAGAAACAAAGCAGUGCAAAAUGAAUUGUGGGUCCUGGUUUGGCGUUAAAAUGGUACACUACAGUCUAGAGACUUAAUUGUAGCACUCAGACAAUAAAGAGCAAAAAUCAUCAACCUUGCCUGCACAGUCCUCUGAAAGAGACAGAGAUUAGAUUGAGUUAAAAUGUUUCAUUGCUCUGAAAUGUUUGACGAGUUCAUGAUUUAAUUUGAUUGACCCCGAUUUCAAAAAGUACUUAACAUAUUUGACCCCGAGAGCUGAGGGAUGGUUAAUUAAAUCUCCCGAGAAUGAGGUGGCUUGUUCGAAAUGAAGUAACGGCAGUAGCGCAUAACAUGGACUAUUACAAGGUCAGAGCAGAGGGCUUUCAUACCUACAAACAAGCAUUAAAGGUACUUAUCCAGGAUGAGGACUGCUGUAUGUGUUAGAAAUGGGUCUUAACCCUCAGAAUGAGAGCAUUACUUGUUCAUGCUUAUUUCACUCAGUAGAAACCGAUUCAAGAUAAAUAUUUAUUUUGUGAUGCUGAAUUAUCAUCAGUCAUCUUGGAGGUGAUGAAGCCAGUCAAACUGAAAACUGGUUAGUGAUUGGAUGGACACACAUAGCAGCGGCAUGAGUAAAGUGAGGGAAGAGAAACCUUUGUUUUAAAAAGGCAGAAAUUAAAUGAUAAACCUAACCAUGUAAGUGCGGGGUAGUGCUAUUGGAUAGAUGUGAUUGGAUGAAAACAGCUGGUGGUUUUAGGAAACAUGAUUGAACUUAAGCUCCAACUCCAUCUUAAUCAACAGGGAUGGGAAUUUCCCUGACAUAGUACCGUGUAUGUUAAGAGCUCACUUUGAGUCACGCUAAUCUAUUAUCCCGGAGACACGACCAUAUUUUGCGCCAUAUUUACCCCCUAAAUAAACUGUAAAACCAAACAUCUGAUUCAUGAGCAAUAGAACAUCUCAUCUUUAAAUUGUCAUUGUUAAUAUUUUUAACUUGAUAUAAAAAUUUUGUCUGUUUUUAUACGAUGGAGUAUAAGGUCCACAUUACGAAAAAAAAAAGACUUCGAGAUUAAAAUCGUUAAUUUACGAGAAAAAAGUCAUGAUGAAACCAUUACUGGAGAGAAUUAAGUUGUAAUAAAAUCAUUAUGAUACUUAUGAUAAUGUGGUGCUGAUGUGUCAAAAGAUUAAGUAUCUCCUUGUUUGAGAAACUUAUAUUGAAGUACAUUUUCAUGAAAUGCUCCAUGGCUCUCAUUUUAACAACUGUCAUAUGAGUUAGAAUAUAGGAACUUUGUUCUGACCUUAUUCUUGUAAAUAGUUACUUCAUUACAACCUUUUUAAUCUUGAAAUUUUGAUUUUUUUUCACGUAAUUUUGACUUUUGUAAAUUUGACUUUAAUUUUGAAAUGGAAAUUAAAAAAAUCUCCUUCUUCUCGUCUUGUAGCCCUAAUCCUCUUUCUUAGUUUUUCAUUGUUCUUGUAAAUCAACAUGAAUAUAUUAUUAUUUAAUGCUUUUAAUUGCAAAUAAAGUAUUCUUAUCAAAGUAAAGUUGGUUCUAAAUCAGUCUUGUUGCCAUAUGUGCAAAUUAAAUCAAAUUUUGAUUUUAUUCCUAAGCAACUGGAAGUGGUAUCAAACUUUUUUUUUUACACUAACCUUGUGAUUUGUUUAGUAAAAAAGACAUUUCCUGUGUUAAAACGGCUGGUAUUAUGUUGUGUUUUUUUACAUGUUUCCACCUUUCUGGUUUUGGCAGGAACCCCUUUUUGCAGCCAGGGUGAUAUACGACCUGCUCUUCUUUUUCAUGGUCAUCAUUAUCGUCCUUAACCUCAUCUUUGGUGUCAUCAUUGAUACAUUUGCCGACCUGAGGAGUGAGAAGCAGAAAAAAGAGGAAAUCCUGAAAACAACAUGUUUCAUUUGUGGUAAGGAAAUAAAUAAAAGCAGAUGUUUUUCCUUGUUUUAUUUCUAUGUGGGGGAUAUUACUUAGUUAGUUGAAAACCUAUUCUUCAAAAGUCAGUGAAUUUGCUGCCUUGCUCACAUUAGUUUUGCACUUAAAGCCACUUUCCUUGUUCAGCAGUCAUCCAAAGACAGACACUGUUUUGAGUGUCUUCAUGACCCCGUCACACAUCACCUCGUCUUUUUCUUGUCAUUGAUCUAUAAAUAGUCAUAUUCCCUUUUGAUUAGCAGAAUUUCACACACUUCAAUGCAACUUUCCGUGAAACAUUUGUUGUGCUGAACCAGUAAGUGUGAAUACUGCAGCUUGCAGAUGAUAAUGAAAGAAGGAGAAACCGAAUGAUGGGUCUGCUCUGAGCCUGCUCUCGUAUGAGCGCAUGAAUACAGUAUUGCAGCUGCACAUCAGGUCACUGUGCGAAAUGGGGGCUGUUUUUCUGGGUAGUCUAAGCAACUUAACGCCUCUUCUUCCCAGAAUGAAUGAUUAGUCACGGUAGGUGCUGCUGUGAAGGAGAAGUGUUUCUUCCUGUCGUCACAUUGGUCUUGACCAAUUUAAAGUGCACACUCAUUCAGUAUUGAUGACAUCCGUUGAAAUCGUCACUUAUUACUAAUUCACUCAAACCAUCAUUGGUCGUUGAGAGUCAUUCUUACCGGUUUGUCUUGGAAAACUCAAAAGAGGGUAAUUCCUUUUUUGCAAAUGCAAUUGAGGGAUUUGGAAAGACAAACCCAUGUGACCAAAUCUCACUUCUUCUCACACUUUAUUUUUGCUAGUUACCUUUUGACCUUAUUUCUUCUUUCUUCUUUUUUAUACAAGAGAAUCGUGUCAUUUUACCACACAAAGUGAAAGAAAUAAAAGCACUACGUUCACUGUGUGUGUGUUUGUGUGUUUGUGUGUUUGUGUGUGUGUGUGUGUGUGUGUGUGUGUGUGUGUGUGUGUGUGUGUGUGUGUUUUCCUGUAUGGGGUUGCACUCUGUCAUUUUAAGGUUUGGAGAGAGACAAGUUUGACAAUAAGACGGUUACCUUUGAAGAGCACAUCAAAGUUGAGCACAACAUGUGGCACUACUUGUUCUUCAUCGUCCUGGUGAAGGUGAAAGACUCCACAGAGUACACCGGCCCAGAGAGCUAUGUGGCUGAAAUGAUCAGGGUGAGUAUCAUCAAUGUAUGCUGUUACGUUGUCAUGAUUAUUAUCAGUAGUAGUGGUAGUUGUUGUUGUAUUGUUAUUACCAUUUUUUUGUGGCAGUUAUAUCGCGUAGUAUUAAGUCAAAAAACUACACCACUCCUUUCUCAGAACCUGGUGAUGUUGUUUUCACAAGCAGAAAACCAAAUUUCAGCACACCUUCCCUCAAAAUGAACAUUUCCUAACAAUAAUGUGCUCAGUUGCAGUGAAAAUUAAAGCACUUCAAUGCAAAUGAAACAACAAACAAAAAAGUAUCAGUGGCCUUUUCAAAUGCCAGAAAAUGGCUUCAAGAAAUCUGCACCUCCUCCCAAACAGACUUUCUGCUUUGGCGUGAGAAAGACAGUUGCAUCACUUCAUCCCAUAAACCACAUGUGAGAAUGAGUGUAUUUCUACUGAAGUUCAUGUUUAACCCGAUUUUUUUCUCUACAAUGUUUUUCCGCCCACUUUGAAAUGCUAUGUUGCAGAUAUUUACAAAAGAUUUAACCAAAACUCCACUACAGAAAUCUUGAAAUUGGAACGUCUUAGCCUGUCUUUUUUUAUUUCUUUACCUCAGUUGUAAUUAUGAUCUGUUUGCCUUACAAGUGACAAAAUCUUUUUCUCAGCGACCCAUCAUGAGGAAGUGCUUAAAAACAUCUAUCAGAUACAGCUGUGGUAUUGAUUUUCGGUUAGCUGAUUAGAGCGGCUUUUAUUUCUCCGAAACAGCGACGGGCCAUGUUUCUUGUUUCUGCCUCAGAGGCCCAGAGUACCAGGACUGCAUUAUGUAAUCUCUGCCUCCGUGACCUUGAAUCCCUCCAAAGUAUUAUCACAUCAGUCAGCUUUGUGAAUGGAGAAUUAACUUUCAGACAAUGUCUGCUAUCGGCAUAAAAUGUGUAAAUCCCCAGAAGCAGCCAUGCUCUGCUUUAAUCAGUGGACACAAGUAUUCUCACACACACACACACACACUCACACACACACACACACACACAGGUCGCACAAAUCACCUAAUGCACGGCACUUAGCCAGACUGAGACGCAGCCUCAUGACUUGUGUUUUGCUGCAGUGUUAAAGAUCAGCAGACACUGAAAAUAUCUAAAUAUGAUUAACUUAAUUUACUUUUUUUUUAAUGAUUUUUUUUACAUGUAAUUUUUAUUUAUUUAUAGAUUAAUAUAGUUCUUAGGACCCAGUUGGUUAUUUAAGCAGUGAAUUCUUUUAAAAGAUGACAAAAACACUUGAGAAAAUUAUCUUUAACAACUUUAUUCAAAUCAUAUCACUGACAACAUUAAGAAGAACUUUAUUAAUCCCUGAAGGGAAAUUCAAUUGUCUGUUGUCUCACAUAAUAUGUAAUGUUAAGUUUAAACUAUAUAUCAAGAUCAUACAUGUUACAGCAGAACACCCGCGGCGUGAAAGCUCAGCAUUGCAGCUCCAAAAUAUUCACAGUACAGCUCACACACACACAUACGCACGCACACUCUAGCAUGUGUGAUUGAACAGGAAGACUAGAAAUGUGCAAUAAAAACGAGAAAGAAAAUCGGUGGUUGUAAUGUUUUGGCUCUGACAUCAUACCUGUGACCUGUGAACAGCUAGAAAGUAUUUUAACUGUCAAAGGAAAGCCCCUUUUUCUGAAGUGGUUGCUUCUUUGACGCACUUGCACUGCUGUCGGUUUCUGACACAGUUUCUCAUUAGCUGCCAUUCAGCCCACUCAGUUGCCUUUUGCCUUUAUCUGCUGCGCUCAGUCUUGUGAGGAACCACCUGAUUUGGGAUUAACCUCCAUCCUCUUCCCCAUUAACCUUGCACCCCACUGAGCCCAAAUGAGUUUGUCAAGGGUGUGUUCUGACCAGUAGUUAGUAGGGCAGACAGGGCAGACAGGGUGUGCUCGGUGCAAAAGACCCUGGUGACCUGUCAGCUGACCCAAUCAUCCUUAACAUUACUGCUCAGCUUCACAUGCAAGUGUGGCCAUCAUGUCGUGUUCUCAGAGUUAUCCAAAAAGGCUGCAGUAGUCACAAGGCUUCUCUCAUGUAACACCAAUAAUUAAAAUGUUAGAAGAAGAGUUUUUUAUUAUGUUUUUUAAUUUAUCAGUGAUCAGUACAGCAAAGUAUUAGGGCCACAUUAAGAAAAAAAAGUUAGACUUCGAGAUUAAAGUAGUUAAUUUACAAGAGUCAAGUCAUUUCUACCAAGAAUGAAGUCGUAAUAAAAUCAUUACUAAUGAGAAUAAAAUCAUAAUAAAAUCAUUUCUUACGAGAAUAAAAUCGUAAUAAAAUCAUUACUAACGAGAAUAAAAUCGUAAUAAAAUCAUUACUUACGAGAAAAAAAUUGUUAUAAAGUAAUCACUUACGAGAAUAAAAUCGUAAUAAAACCAUUACUUAUGAGAAUAAAAUUGUAAUAAAGUUAUCACUUACAAAAUUAAAGUCAUAGUAAAAUCAUUACUUACACGAAUAAAGUUGUAUUAAAAUCAGUACUUGCAAGAAAAAGUUGUAAUAAAAUCAUCAUGAUACUUAUGAUAAUAUGGUGCUGAUGUGUCAAAAGAUUAAGUAUCUCCUCGUAUGAGAAACUUGUACUGAAGUACAUUUUCAUGAAAUGCUCCAUGGCUUUCAUUUCAACAACUGUCAUCUUAAACAGCAGGUUAGAAUAUAAGUGAUUACUUUACUAUGACUUUUUUCUCUUAAGUAAUGAUUUUAUCUGUAUUAACUAUAUUCUUGUAAGAAAUUCUUUAUUAUGAAUUUUUUCUCGUAAGUAAUUACUUUAUUACAACUUUAUUCUCAUAAGUAAUGGCUUUAUUCUUGUAAAUUAAUGACUUUAAUCUUAAAGUUUUAUUUUUUUUUCUUUAUGUGGCCCUUAUACUCCAUCGUAGUAAUAGUAAAAAAAGGAACAGAAGUAUGAAAUAUAUAAGUAUUAGGCAUUAAACUGCAUAGCUGAAUGCAAAAUGAAAUGUAAAAUUCAGAUUGAUUGAAAAGGGAAGGCGUCAUAAUAUAUCAUCAUACUGAAGUAUGACAAUGUAUCUGUUUUAUUAAGUCACAUGUUUAUGUCACACAUGUCUAAUUCUUUUUAUGAAGACCAUAAAAAAUCUGUCAUUAUUUUCCAAGUAUUUGUUUUGAAUAAGAGACACAUAAAAGGCAGGUGAAAUUUCACACUCAGGAUUCACAGUUAAAAAAAAAAAAAGUAAAACAGUUAUUAAGGGAUCAAAACGAAUAUUUCCAACAAUAAUGAUGAAAUAAUAAGACGAACCACUGAAUCUCUACAAGAAUCACUGCCAGACUGAUUACCUCCAAAAGUUGUACAGAACAGGUUAGGCAGUCGUUUUUUUCCGUGCUGCAGAUACAUGGAAGAACAGCAGAACUUAAGGGGGUGAAAUCAAGCUACUCUGAUGAUGACUGAGACUGAUGAUGAUGAUGAAGGGCUCUGAGGUUAGGGUGUCAUGUCUAAGAUGUUAAAAAUGAGCCCUGAUCACGAGCAAAGCAACAUUUUACUCGGGCUCAGUGAACGGAUUGAAAAUAUCUGCAGAUCUCAGAGUGGUCAAAUAUGCCUCAGUUGUACCUGUCUGUUCCUAAUUUAGAUGUGGGAUGUUAUUCUCAUACUUUUGACUGAGUGGGCUGUCAGCUUCGUCAGGUGUCUUGUGGCAUGACUGUGACGUUUGAUGUUGCUGUCUUAACCACACAACAUCCUGUUUCUCUGUUAUGGCACUGUGGUGUUAAUAAUGAAAGAUGUACUUCCGUCAUUUCCAUUGAACCAGUGUGAAGCAGAAUCUGUAUCGUAGCGGCACUUCUCCGUUUACUGGAAGUGCUUUGGCUUGUCAACAUAUGGGAUGGAAAGAGGGCAGGACUGCUGGUGACUAAGACAGCAAACAAGCACAUGCACUUUUUGUUCGGGUGCAUUUUUGAAAUACAGCACUUGUAUUUUUUUUACAGCUUGCACCCCUACAAUGGAAACAUUAGAGACAGAAGAAUAUACUUGAUAUAUACUGUUGUUGUUUCUGCUUUAACAGAGAGACCAGUGAAACAAAGGUUUAACCAACACAGUGACAAAACUGCUACUUUCCUCUAAGUUUGACUUACAAAAUUUGUUUAUCAUGACUUUUAAUGUAUUAACUCAAAGUUCAAGUGUUGUGACGUUUUUGGGAUAUCAUUUCGAGGGGGUGUAGCAGGUGGAUGAGGUAAACACUGCCUUUGUCACCCUGCAGUCAGGAAGUACAACUCACUCACAGCCGUUGUCUCCUCCUUUCAGAUUAAGUAUGUGUUGUUCUUUUUUUCAGUCUUGUGUGAUUCCCCUUGGACUGCCUUAUGACCCAGCUCUGGUUUGUGGUUUGAAAGGCCUUGUCACUCACACAUCUGUGUCUGAAUCAACCACUGAAACCUGGGGACUUUUUCAGUCCAGUUCUUCUACACAGCUCUGUUUCCAACCAGGGACCUCAAGGGCCUUGUAGCACUGUCCAUCCCUCCUAGAGCUUAAGAGCGAAUAACGGAGACGUAGCUGUGAUGUUUUUGUAUUUAAAUUAUGAAGAAUUAAGUUUUAUUCAGAAGUCAGGCAGUUCAAACCUAGCUCCUGUUGUCAAAAUGAUAAAAUCACACUUUCAUACCACUUUAGUUCUAAAAGGACAGUUUUGAUCUGCAAGUUCACUCCAUCGAUCAAUUUCUUUUUUUUUUUUUUUUUUUAACUAGAAACAUCAUUUGACAUAGCUGAUGACCCAGAAUAAAUAGGUCCUGUCCCUGCAUGGGUCUUUGAGUCUCUGGAUUUGCUUUUAAUGCAAUUGAACUUUGUGUUUAUUGGUGUAAUUUUCAUUAUCAUUUAUCAUUAUCAUUAUCAUUAUCAAUUAUCAUCAUGCCUAAUAUCAUUCAACUGAUGGCAUUAUAGAGGGUGUCAUAUACAAGGAUACUUUUGAGUUGUUUUGGCUGGCUAUGAUUUUUAUUUUUUUGAGUUGGAGUUCACUGUAGGUAAAAUACAUCUAGGUGUAAUAUUGUAUCAUAGCCCAUUAACCAUCAGCACUGACUAAAGUCACACACACACACAAAUGAGUAUAUCAACAGGUCCCUCAGCAGUUCUUGUACCGUAGUGACGGUGCUGAUAAAAUCUGUUAACGCUUACUAGCAGUAUAUGUCUAAGCUCACAUCCGAGCAAGAAGAUAUUUGACGUUUACUUCCCUUUCUUCAACCACCAAAAUUCAAAAAGUGUGAACUUGGGUUCGAACAAAGUGCAACCAUCUGUACACACACUUCCAGAAAACUCACUACUCUACACGUCACCGCAGCGCGUACAACUCAAAUAUUUACAUCAGCAGAGUUAUUUUAGUUCAAGGUGCCAAGCACACUUGAUUUCAGUUAUCUGUAUAGCAGCUUAUUACAGCCUUAUUCUGUAUCGCACAGGAGCACAGUGUCUUUUUUUUAUACAACUGAUGACAAAAAUCAAAACCCAUAACCUAACCUAAAAAACACACAAACACAUAACCACGCACAGGCGUAAAAGAGGGCGCAGAUGAAUUUAUCUGAAUCAGUGUAUCAUAAAACCAAGAAGGGAGUUUACCAGAACCAAAAAAAUUAUUAAAUGAAAAUACAAAGUGAGCCCAAAUUUUGCAAAGGAGACUCCAAGCUUCUUCUCAUUUCUGUCAACACUUUAGAUUAUUGUUUUUUUGCAGUUUUUUUCUUAUGUGUAUAUAUUUAAAACCAGUUUAUGUAGCCACAGUCUGAAGCACACAGUAUGCCAGAGCAAGUGAUUAUUUGCUUUUACCAAGCCCUUCAGAAAAACGGUUUGAAUGUGUGAUGAGAGAGUUGGAAAAAGCCAAAAUAAAUAAUCAUAUAAAUACAAAAGUGAUCCAUCAUUUGAUUCACAUUUCUCACAAAUUGCAGACAUGGAGGGGCAUGACUUCAGAAUGAUGAAACAAGUAAAUGAUUUUGAACUGCCUCAAACUAUGCCUGCUAUUUAUUGAGCAACUAUGAACAAACAAAAGUGCUGUCUACCAUAGUUUAUUGGUUUUCCUUUACCCAGCCUGAUAACACAGUUGAUAGACACAGAGCCCUGCCAGAAGUAGUUCACACCCUGAGGUAAAGCCUCUCACUCUCUGGUGGAAAAAACAGCGAGCCUAGGAGCAGCAUAGACAUUUGACAUACUUAUAAACCCGCCAUAAUGACUUGCGUUUCUUUUUAACAGGAGCACAAUUUGGACUGGUUCCCACGGAUGCGGGCCAUGUCGUUGGUCAGCAGCGAUGCAGAUGGAGAGCAGAAUGAGAUCAGGAACCUGCAGGAGAAGCUGGAGUCCACCAUGAAACUUGUGUCCAACCUAUCCGGUCAGCUGACUGAGCUCAAAGAACAGGUUGGUUAAACUGAGAGGGACAGAGUAUCUCUGAAUGCAUCAUUACGUAUGAGAGAUCGUUUUUAAAUGUGUAAAACAGAGCUUGAGAAUUGUCUGUUUGCGGCGCAGUGCUCUUAAAAUGCAGAGCUCACUAAAUGUUAAAAGUGAUGAAUCAUAGUUCUCAGAGUAACUGAGGCCCUCAUGCCAGAGUACCUGCUUAUAUUGUGCAGAAAGGCGAAGGCGGCAUCAGUUGCACAACUGUUUCUAGUAAACAGUCUUUUAAAAAAAAAGUCUUUACCCUCGAAAUGAGAACCUACUGUGAGGAAGUGAAUGUAACCAAGACAUUUUGACCCAGACAGGGGGAAAUGAUUGUCAUGUUGCUAAAAACUACCAAGUGCCAUGUGGUAAUAGUCACAUUUUGGCACCAAAAAACAAACAAAACAAAAAAAAAUGAAGCCAGAUUUGAGUUGUUAUUGUCUAUAUCAAACAAAAAUGUGCUGUGAAAGUGUCAGUUUAUGAACCUGUCAUUUUAAAAUUGAUAUUUGGAGUACACAUAAAGUCAAAAUCACCAACAGAAUUAGUUUUGAAUUUGAAAUACAGGGAAUUAAUUCUCUGUAUUUCCAAUGGAGAGCAGAUUGUCACAGUAAUAACUUUUAAGAGGAAACUAGACCCCUACCACCUCCAUCCCCCACCCCCGCUUGCUGAGUUUAGACUCUUCACUCAGGGUGUUUUAAUGAUAUUUAUCUUUAACGUGCCUUUCUAUAAAGGACUAUUUCUCCUGCUCCACUCAUUACAAGAACACUAUUUCUCACUUUUAAUAUUGUUUUGUUUCGAUGUUGAGGUGAAAAUCUCUCUGUGUAUUUCUUUAAGUUAAUUCUUAGCAGAAAACGUGUUCUUAUACCUCCUGGUAUAAAGGUUAACACAUGCGUUAUGACUCAUACGCUUUGCUUGAUCUCUGAAUAUUCUUCUGACGGAGUUUCAUUAUUAGUUUUUUGUAAUCUGUUGCUUUCGUCAGAAGAUACUGCAAUGUGUAUAACACGGCUGGCUGGACGAGAGCUUCUGUUUCUCUUCAGCAGUGUGCAGAGUUUGUGCAGGAGUCAAUAAUUUCUGAACAGUUCAAUCAUUUUAUUGAGAAUUGGAUAUAGAUUAAGGACACCAAAGGUUUCCAUUGUAUUCAGCAGAAGAGGAUGUGCAUCCCAGAGAGGUAAAGGUUGAAUAUGUUUUUGCGAACCUGUCUUUUCUCUACAGAUGACAGAGCAGAGAAAGCAGAAGCAGCGGAUCGGCCUGUUGGGACACCCUCAGCACAUGAACGCUAACCCUCAGCAGCCCGCAUAAGAUCAGCCGGCACAGGAGCAGCUCAGCAUCAGCUUCUCGUGUCAUUGUCAUCAGAGGUUACUCACUGUAAACUGCACUGAGUGUGGGUGUUACUUGUAGUAGAAGAACUGUAACAUAAGUAGGAUUAAGGCAAUCUGUAGCUCCCCUCCACGCGUGUGUUGCUCCCAAUAGUGACACUCAUCCAUUUUUUUCUGUUCAGUCCAGUUUGACUUGGUGCCAAAUGUUCUCUACACAUUUAUUGGGCGGAUUCUGAAUCACAUGGCCUUUACGUGACGGACUUGAAACAUGCGAUAGCUCACUGGACAGGGAAAAAUAGUCAAACUUGUUGUUCAUUUUGUAUUUAAAUGUUUUCUAUUUCUUGCAUAACAAGCAGUAUUAAAUGUCUUAUUUUUGUAUGUUGUGCAAUAUACUGAAUUAAAUAUGCAACAUUAUUGGUGUGAAGAUUAAGUUCCAUCAAUUAUGUCUUAUUGAAAGUGGGCCGUUGUUUUUGUUUGUCACUGGAUAAAAUAAGAAGUAGCUGGUUGUCUUUGCCCACAAAAAAUAGGAAUUAUCUUAAGCUGACUUUCUCAAUUUUUGUCUUUUAUUUCCUUAAAUUGUGCUUACUUCACAAGAGUUAACUCAGUUAAUUCAGUAGAGAUAGUUUAUUGUGUGAGAGCAAUAAAAGAAUAGUUUUCCUUACCUGUAAAAUUCUAGUUUUGUCAUAACUCAGUGCUAACUCUUUAUAAAAUGAAUUUGCUUUGAUUUAAUUUUAUUAUAAGGGACAUUAAGAGUGUUUGUCUCUUUGGUCAAAUAAACUGUGUUACUUCUUCAGGAUCACUCAUGCUUUUACAGUUUUUAGCUCAGGAGUUGUGACUUUCACUCUUAUAAAAGUCAUGAGCUUACAUUUCAGCCAACUAGUUCCAUUUGUGCCUGUUUUUUGGCCUCAUUUAAGGUCUGAUACAAGAAACUCGUUUGUGCAGAGGCAUUUCUUUUAUUUUCAUGUUCACUCCAAAGUUAGUUACUGUUAGAAGGAUCUUUUUUGACCUCUGUGUGUACAGAAAGUUUGUUGCUUACCUUUGCUUUUGUAUAGAAAAAGGGAAAAUAAUUAUAAUUCAUAUGUUAAGAAUAACUAAAGUUUAAGAACUGUCAAUUUGUAUAUUAAAGUAGAAAUAUUUAUUAAAAUUGAUGUAUUUAUCCUUUA